AUGAGAAUAUAUUUAUCACGCUGUACAGAAUCUUUAGGAGUGCUCUUGUUAAUCUUUGCAAUAGUCUUUGUGAAUAGCUGCGACUGUGUGAUUGAAGACGAUGUUGUGUUGGAGAAAAAAGAACUUUCCGAACUCUACAGUAAGUUCAGCUCAGACUGCAUCGAACAUCAAAAUGUGUCCACUAGUAGCCUACUCUCCAGGUUGUUUUUACAUAAUUAUUAAUGAUAGGUCAGUCAUGCAAAUCAGGACAAGAAAGUCUACAAUAGGAAAAACUGAUUGUUGCCCUGUGUAUGCAAGUGUGGUAUACUGUAUGUGCAAGACAAGUCAUUUGCAUAGGCUUCUGUAGGCUACAGUGCUGCGCGGCUCGAUGCAUGGCGGGAUGCGUUUUAUUAUCCUCGGGUUCGAUUAUGGAAAAAUACAAUAAACAGUAUAAGAAAAGGUUGUUGUGUAAUCUGGACUGGAAGAACUGCAAAAUGCUUUCGUAAUAAGAACACGUUUCCCUUAUUAUGCAUGAUCAGUUAAUUAAUUAAUUGACUCAUCAUGUGACCAACAGGCAUCUGAUGCGCAUAGAUUGGACAGGUCAGAAAGAAUAAAACAUCGUUAUUGAUGCUGUUAUGGGUAGCGGGAUGAACAGCUUAGGGUCAGGUAAAGGUAACCAUGGAUAAACUGUAUGCACAGUAUAGUAACUGUAGGCUGUAGAGGGCAUGUUUCCCUGGUGUAAACAGGAGUGAGCUCAAAUGGGGUCAUACAAUUAUGCCAACGGAAUGACAGGAGGACACACACACACACACACACACACACACACACACACAGAGAGAAACAGGCUAAGACAUGUUGUUUGGUUGGGCACAUGCUGUGCUUGUAAAACAGAGUAGGCCUGUCAGAUGACCUAAACUCCAGUCUCCAGUCUCAUUGAAUUUAAAAUGUUUAUCGGAUAUGACAAUGUAGGCUAGUAGUAAUGUUGUAAUAGUAAUGUUACUAUGCAUAGGCCUAAUAAUACAUUUUAGCAGACUAUAAACAUUCACACUUGUUUCAGACAUGUGAAUAGGAGAAUGACAUUAUUAAAUUAAAUUAAUAUUAUUAAAUUAAAUUCUGAACAAUAAACAGUUCAGAACAGUUCGUGCAUAUAUUAUGACGAUAUUUUGUGACGUUUUUAUUCGUUUUGGUCUUCGGCAAGGGUUUUUUCGGCUGUUCGUGCAGACAAAACAUUUUCUCGAGGCAAGCCGAAGUUCGGAGCCGAAGUCUACGCCCCUUCGUCGGUCAUUGGUCAACAGUAGAGAUUCUUCAAUAAAGUGUUUGUUGCCAUUCAACAAUAGAUUACUCAUUUUCAUGCAAAAAAAUUUAACUUGAGAAAUAUUGCACCAAACAUCUUAGUUAGAUGUAAAAUUGCGCGACUAAGAUCUCGGCAAAAACGUAAAAAUUAAUGACAGAUAUCUUAUUAUUUUAGAUUAAUUCUGACUGUUUUGAGGAAGUGUAUACUGGCUACGACAUCUCAAGAUGGACAAACUGUACUUUUUCUUGUUUUUCAAGCAAAGGUCUUUUAUGGGAGUAUGCGAGCACACUCGUUCGGCCCAGCAGAACCGAAGCAUGCAGAAGCCUUAAUGGAGCACCUUUUAGUGCUCAAACACCAAUAUUAGUGUCCUAUAGAGAGCAUAGUAGAGUUUACAGUGGAAGAUGCUAUUAUUCUUCACCUCUACCCUACUUUUCCAUCCAUCAAUCCCUCUAUUCCCAGAAAAGGGUCUGUUCAUCAUGGAGAGUACCCAGCUGAAGCGCUGCAUCUCCUCCUCCUCCUCUAACCUGGUUCUGGAAAGCUGUGAGAGACCCACCCGCCGUAUGCUGUGGAAGUGGGUGUCUCGCCACCGCCUCUUCAAUCUGGGUAGCAGCCUCUGUCUGGGCCUGAACAUCAGCGACGCCACCCAGCCCCUGGGCACCUUCGAGUGUGACUCACCCCUCCAGACCCUGUGGUGGAGGUGCAAUGGGAAUACGUUGUACGGGGCGUCCCAGCUGAAGCUGUCCGUGGCUGGACGCCUGGUGGUGGUCAAGAGGGCCAGUUAUCAUCAGUGGAGGAGGUACUCUACACCAGGGGAGGGGCCAUGUGCCUAUCCUUAUGAGGGUAAGUAGUAAACAUUAGUGAUGCGCGGGUCAGCUGUUUGUUCACCCGCACCCGCCCGCAAUUGCUAAUAACCCAUUUUCUCUAGCCUCUUUCAUUUCUGCUUCUCUUGCACAGCAAAGACGUUUAGGGACCGGAGAGAAAAUAGAAGAAGAAAAAAAGAACAGGAAAGAUUUCCUAUGCAAAAUCUCCAAAAUUGACCUGUUUUAAGAAAAUUAAAAGCUGUUAAAAUGACCCAACAUGUUUUUGAUACGAUUUCAGUUCGUCUUGGAUGCAUAUUCUAUGUGGUUGAAAUACUAUCAGCUUUUAUUAUGCUGAUAAAGAUAGCACCUUUACAGACGGUCCCUAACCGCUCAUUCUCUCAAGAUGCUGAAUGAAAUCAAUCUUAUUUCUCCACUCCUGUUUACAUUUGGUGUUAGGGCUGAGAAUUGCCAGGGACCUCACGAUACAAUAUUAUCCCGAAACGUAGGUGCCGAUACGAUAUGUAUUGCGAUUCGAUACUGUGAUUUUAUUGCGAUUCAAUGUUCAAAAAAUAUUGCUUACGAUACGAUAUAUCGUCAUAAAUAAUAUGUAACUAUCGAUUUUUUCCCCCAUAACUAUUGGGGUAUCAUUUUACUGCAAUAAAUAAUUAAUUCUGCAGAAGUUAAUAUUAUUAGGCUAUAUGAGAAAUUAUAGACCUACAGUCAGUGUCCAGAUUUCAAUUAGGCUACUAUUCCAUUUAACCCAUCUGAACAGUAGCCUACAGUUCCCUUGACAUGCCAUUUUGAAGUCCCUGUCUUGUGACUCGAAUUUGUAUAGAGCCUCACAAUCAUUACGCAUAACAUAGCCGGCACUGCUUUAAUCCUCUUUUAACACUUCACCAAAUCUUUCCCAAACAUUAGACUACUGUUCUGGCCCUCCCUUCUAUUUAAUUUGAACUCUCCAUUUCGCAGCUUUUGUCUUAUUGAAUUAAACUCUGACAUUGUUCCAAAAAGCAUUUGGCAGUUGGUGUGUAUUUGGCACGCUGCGGUUAGGCCCUAAAGUUGAAGCUUAGGCUUAGGCUAGCCUACGCACUGCCAGAUAAAACGAAUGAAAGAAAAAACGAAUUGUAGCCUAUAGAUAUGAAUUGCAUAAGAAUGAUACAUUUAUGGAUUUGUUAUGCAUUGUUUUCUCUUUAUUCAACCUGCCUGCCAUCCACCCGUCCUUCGUCCACACAAUAUUUCAUGACCCUAAACCCGCCCGCCCCGCGGAUAUAACCUUGGAGACUGCGGGUUAUGAGUCAACCCGCGCAUCACUAGUAUACAUAGUAUAUUAUAGUAGUGACAGGUACUGACUGACCUCUUUCUACACAGACAGUUUCAUUGAGACACAGUUGGUUUGAUAUUAAUGCAGCCAUGCAAAUGCUAAUCAUCACUUACAUAAGAAAACGAAUAGACUGGCUCACUAUAUGACCGUGAAAAUGAGCCCAAAGAAGGUGGUAGUGACAACGUUUUUCUCUGUAGAGAUCCACACACUGUUGGGUAAUGCCCACGGCAUGCCUUGUGCCCUGCCAUUCAAAUACAACAACAAGUGGUACUCGGAGUGCACAGCAGAGGGGCGCGAGGACCACCAUCGCUGGUGUGCCACCACCAGUCGAUACGACCAGGAUGAGAAAUGGGGCUUCUGUCCCAGUCAAGGUGAUGCACACACACACACACACACACACACACACACACACACACACACACACCCAACGGUAUUGUUGUACAGUGUGGGUUUGAUCGAAUGUCUUUGAAACAACACGACCAUGAUAAUAGUAACAUUUAUUUGUCUCUGCCUCCAGAGUUGAGUUGCGAUACGUUCUGGGACUCGAACCAGGAGAGCCGUGCGUGUUACCAGUUCAACCUCUACACCAUCCUAACGUGGAGCCAGGCCCACUCCUCCUGCCUGGCCCAGGGAGGAAGUCUACUCAGCAUCACUGACCUCACUGAACAGAGGUACAUCAGAGGUAUGACAACUCGUCUCUAUAACUAUUUUAUCACUAUAUUUAAUAGUUCUAUUUAAACAUUUAAAACUUUAUUUGAACUUUUAGUCAGGAAAGGAGACAAGGUGGGGGGUGUGGUCUGAGCUACACAUACAGUAUAUACUCUAUAAACUAUAAACUCUUGGGUGCAGUAUUAAAACAGACUUGUGUUCAUAGGUUUGCUUAUUCAGGUUGGAGAAAGGACAAGAUGUUUUGCCCAGAGUUAGUGGUGUUCAUGUGUGUGCUUCUGUGUCUUUCAGAGCGGUUGGCUGACGUGGGGGUGAUGGUUUGGAUUGGACUGAACCACCUGAGUGAGAGAACAGGGUGGCAGUGGUCUGAUGGAGCUCCUCUAGCCCUGGUCAACUUCACCUCAGGUAAGAGAGUUGGGCUGCUCCAACCUUUUCACUCCCACUCCAAGGCACAUAUUCCUCCUUUAAGAUCAGAAUGAACAGCAUUGGCAUUAGCAAUAAUAUGUAAUAGCUUCAUGUAGCCCUCUGAAGUGGAGUUUCUGGCCAUUUUGCUCAAACCGGUCCAGUCCAUUUGGAUCUCAGCAUUGGGAAUCAAGAAGUACUUGCUGUAGCAGUAGUGGGAGCCAGAGAUUUGUGUUUGAAACUAGGCCAAAGUUUCUCUCUUUCUACCCGUAACUCCCCCCUACCCCUGUUGGUCUCUCCCAGGCCUAUCAUCCAGCCCUCUGCAGGACAACAGGCAGUGUGGGGUGUAUAACUCAGCCUCGGGGGGGCACCAGUGGCAGAGUCUGUCCUGUGAGUCUGCUUUACCCUACAUCUGUAAGAAGACCCCCAAUGACACCAGGAGAGCUGAGCCUCUAGGUAAGACAUCAAUGGCCAUAUAUGUUUCUUAUUGUGGCCCUAACCUGGUCCCAUAUCUGUUUGUGCAAAACAGUGUUUGUCAUGACAAUGAGUGACAAAGAGUUGGCAUGAUAGCACAAACAGACUGGCGCUCAGGCUAUUAUUGUCCUAGUGCUCAGCCAUUGUACUACAAGAAAUGAUUAAUAAUCUGCACUGUAACGGAAAACUGUAAAUUAUACGGUAAUUUGGUGUAUUUUCAGCAGUAAAAUACUCUGAAAUGUUUUACUGCAGAAUACUGUGGGCGGGGCAUACAAUUGCUGUAUUUCGAAUGGUACUGUAAUUCCAACCCACAGAAUACAGUACCGUACCUAAUAUUUGGAGCACCAAAAACCUUUUGACCACUAGUGGGUGCAUGGUAUUGUUGUUUCUGGCUAAUUAACAUAUUUUGAGGGGUGCCUUGUAAUAGGCUAUAUUUGUUGCACCUGUGAGUGAGAAUGCUGUAGCAGUUUAACUCCUAUGUGGUUAUAGUGCCCCAUCAAUAUGUAUACUGUAGGGGACAGAUUGGAGUGGCAGCAAGUCUUAAACCUUGUCUUCUUGGUCUGUUCUGCCCUGUAGUCGUUGCCAGUUUGGAAGCCUUUGUUAAGGCCACUAGAAGUGCAAGUGAUAUAAAACACCAAAUAUUAAUUAAUAUACUGUAAUGUGUAAACACUUUACCUAGCAGCCAACCUGCUUGCUAAUGUAAAAUACUGUGACAUUUCAUUAAUUCAUCCAUUCAUUAAUUCAUUCCAAUUAUGGUAGCAUUGACUUUUUUUUAACAGUAUAAUACAGUAAAUGUUAAGGUAUUGUACUGUGUGUUAUUACACAGUACUUACUUUGAUACCGUAUUUAUAUUACAGUAGGUGUACUGUUAUAUGAAAUACCGAAUUUUACUUGCCACCGAGCUGCCUGUAAGCUACUGUCAGAUUCACAGUAACCCCUUUACAUUGUUGUUUAUAGGAAGUGAUUACAUGUAGAUACUGAUAAAAAGGCCAGGUCAAGGUCCGUCUGGCUCUAGGGCCUAGGGAACUAUUAAUACCUAUGUCCCAAAUAGCACUCUAUUCCCUAUAUAGUGUACUACUUUUGACCAGUGCUCAUAGGUUUCUGGUCAAAAGUAGUGCAUUAUGUAGGGAAUAGGGUGCAAUUUGGGACAAAUGCACAGAGUUUGGUUGUGUUUGGUACUUGAGUCAGCUGUCUGUCUGGCUCAAGAGGGCUUGGUGAGCUAUCCCAUUUGCCAUAUUCUUAUACACAGUCUCCAACUAGUACUUGUUAGCAGUUCUGAACAGCCCUUUCUAAUAGGUCAAAUUGCAUAAACAUGAGCAACGUUUGGCUGUUUGUUUUGUUUGAUACUGAUGACUCAAUUGUUUCUGUCUGGCUCGAGAGUCGUCUGGUGAAUUAUCUAUUUGUAAUGUUCCAAAACGAUGUUCUCUCCAACAAGAACUGUUGAUUGGAACUGAAAAACCUUCUCUAACAGGUCAGCAUUUGGGCACAGCUUGGUUGUUUUGUCCUGAUGGUGUUCUUGUUAUUUAUUCCAGUGCCAAUAUAAGUCUUGUUAUUUUAUUCCAUUGGCAAUAGAACUCCUGAGUCACUCCAGUGAGUAAUGUCGGUUUGAAUGAUUCUACCAAUAGAAUGGGAGAGGAGCUUCAGCUAGCAGCUAGCUACAGGGCUCAACAGCUGGGUUCCACCUCGAACAUGAACUCUUGACCUCAGAUUCUUCCAAGCUAUAACAGGGCUAUAACAGAAAACAUAGGUUGUGUAUGGUUCAGUAGGCAUGACACUGGAAAUGUUUUAAAAUGGAUGAUGAGCGUUCUUAUUAGACAAGUUCAAGUAGUACACCUCCAUUUGAGAAUGUUUUCAGCUAGGACCGAACUUUGAUUUACGGCUUUCUUUCGUUUAUUGUUCUCCAGAGUGAUGAACGACUCUUGGAAGAGUGACAAUGCUCUGACAUUUUCUCUCUUUACCCCUAAAUCUUAGAAUGACAGGUGCUGAUGUUUUUGUGCUGAAUUGGACCGUUACCUCUCAUCCUUUUUCCUCCAUUACCCGCCCCCAGAUAACUGGCAGUACUACCGCACGGUGUGUUCCGAGGGCUGGCUGGCCCACAACCGUUACUGCUACAAGGCCCUGGCAGAGGCUGAGGCAGGGAGCUGGAAGGACUGCUCCACUGCCUGUGACUCCGUAGGGGCCAACCUCACCAGCCUACACUCUCUAUCUGAGGUAGAGCUGCUACUGAACCUGCUAGCUAACGGUGAGUCUGGAUCUGGGGUUCUAUAGUCUAGUAUGGAUGUUAGUUACUUUAUGUGGUGUAUAGUGUCUUCUAUGUUCUGGGAUAGUGUGGACAUCAUAAAGGGUCAUGGGAGGGUAAUGUCUUUUAUGUGGUUGUUUUUUAAAUGUUGACAAAUACAGUGGGGAAAAAAAGUAUUUAGUCAGCCACCAAUUGUGCAAGUUCUCCCACUUAAAAAGAUGAGAGAGGCCUGUAAUUUUCAUCAUAGGUACACGUCAACUAUGACAGACAAAUUGAGGAAAAAAAAUCCAGAAAAUCACAUUGUAGGAUUUUUAAUGAAUUUAUUUGCAAAUUAUGGUGGAAAAUAAGUAUUUGGUCACCUACAAACAAGCAAGAUUUCUGGCUCUCACAGACCUGUAACUUCUUCUUUAAGAGGCUCCUCUGUCCUCCACUCGUUACCUGUAUUAAUGGCACCUGUUUGAACUUGUUAUCAGUAUAAAAGACACCUGUCCACUACCUCAAACAGUCACACUCCAAACUCCACUAUGGCCAAGACCAAAGAGCUGUCAAAGGACACCAGAAACAAAAUUGUAGACCUGCACCAGGCUGGGAAGACUGAAUCUGCAAUAGGUAAGCAGCUUGGUUUGAAGAAAUCAACUGUGGGAGCAAUUAUUAGAAAAUGGAAGACAUAAAAGACCACUGAUAAUCUCCCUCGAUCUGGGGCUCCACGCAAGAUCUCACCAUGUGGGGUCAAAAUUAUCACAAGAAUGGUGAGCAAAAAUCCCAGAACCACACGGGGGGACCUAGUGAAUGACCUGCAGAGAGCUGGGACCAAAGUAACAAAGCCUACCAUCAGUAACACACUACACCGCCAGGGACUCAAAUCCUGCAGUGCGAGACGUGUCCCCCUGCUUAAGCCAGUACAUGUCCAGGCCCGUCUGAAGUUUGCUAAAGUGCAUUUGGAUUAUCCAGAAGAGGAUUGGGAGAAUGUCAUAUGGUCAGAUGGAACCAAAAUAUAACUUUUUGGUAAAAACUCAACUCGUCGUGUUUGGAGGACAAAGAAUGCUGAGUUGCAUCCAAAGAACACCAUACCUACUGUGAAGCAUGGGGGUGGAAACAUCAUGCUUUGGGGCUGUUUUUCUGCAAAGGGACCAGGACGACUGAUCCGUGUAAAGGAAAGAAUGAAUGGGGCCAUGUAUCGUGAGAUUUUGAGUGAAAACCUCCUUCCAUCAGCAAGGGCAUUGAAGAUGAAACGUGGCUGGGUCUUUCAGCAUGACAAUGAUCCCAAAAACAUUGUCCGGGCAACGAAGGAGUGGCUUCGUAAGAAGCAUUUCAAGGUCCUGGAGUGGCCUAGCCAGUCUCCAGAUCUCAACCCCAUAGAAAAUCUUUGGAGGGAGUUGAAAGUCCGUGUUGCCCAGCGACAGCCCCAAAACGUCACUGCUCUAGAGGAGAUCUGCAUGGAGGAAUGGGCCAAAAUACCAGCAACAGUGUGUGAAAACCUUGUGAAGACUUACAGAAAACGUUUGACCUGUGUCAUUGCCAACAAAGGGUAUAUAACAAAGUAUUGAGAAACUUUUGUUAUUGACCAAAUACUUAUUUUUCACCAUAAUUUGCAAAUAAAUUCAUUAAAAAUCCUACAAUGUGAUUUUCUGGAUUUUUUUCUCUCAUUUUGUCUGUCAUAGUUGACGAGUACCUAUGAUGAAAAUUACAGGCCUCUCUCAAUCUUUUAAAGUGGGAGAACUUGCAAAUGGGGUGACUAAAUACUUUUCCCCCACUGUAAACUAAGAUCUGUGUGUGUGGUGUGUGUAUUAAGUGCCUGCAAAAGUAUUCGCCCCUGGCAUUUUUCCAUUUUGUUGCAUUACAACCUUAAUUAAAUGAUUUUGUAUUUAUUUUGUAAUGGACAUACACAGAAUAGUCCAAAUUGGUGAAAAAAAAUAAAUGAAAAAAAAUUCAACUGAAGUCUGUAUAUCGUGCAAACUUCCGAUUCCUCUACACAGCUGGUUGUUGUCCGAGGUGUUGUAUUCCUGCAUAGAUCUUGUAUUAUCCAUGGCAUAGAACUCUGAGUACUCAUGAGUAUGUCGGUUUGAAUGAUCUACCAAAUAGAAUGGGAGAGGAGCUUCAGCUAGCAGCUAGCUACAGGGCUCAACAGCUGGGUUCCACCUCGAACAUGAACUCUUGACCUCAGAUUCUUCCACGCUAGGCUAUAACAGGGCUAUAACAGAAAACAUAGGUUGUGUAUGGUUCAGUAGGCAUGACACUGGAAAUGUUUUAAAAUGGAUGAUGAGCGUUCUUAUUAGACAAGUUCAAGUAGUACACCUCCAUUUGAGAAUGUUUUCAGCUAGGACCGAACUUUCUUUCGUUUAUUGUUCUCCAGAGUGAUGAACGACUCUUGGAAGAGUGACAAUGCUCUGACAUUUUCUCUCUUUACCCCUAAAUCUUAGAAUGACAGGUGCUAAUGUUUUUGUGCUGAAUUGGACCGUUACCUCUCAUCCUUUUUCCUCCAUUACCCGCCCCCAGAUAACUGGCAGUACUACCGCACGGUGUGUUCCGAGGGCUGGCUGGCCCACAACCGUUACUGCUACAAGGCCCUGGCAGAGGCUGAGGCAGGGAGCUGGAAGGACUGCUCCACUGCCUGUGACUCCGUAGGGGCCAACCUCACCAGCCUACACUCUCUAUCUGAGGUAGAGCUGCUACUGCUGGGGUGUGUUAUGUAGUGUGGGUAUGAUACUAUGCCAUUGCAAAAGUUUUUUUUAUUACUAAGAUGCUGUUGUGUGUGUAUGUAAUGGCCUUGCAAACGUAAUCAGCCCCCUGUGGCAUUUUUCCUAUUUUGUUGCAUUACAACCUGUAAUUUAAAUUGAUUUUUAUUUGGGAUUUCAUGUAAUGGACAUACACAGAAUAGUCCAAAUUGGUGAAGUGAAAUGAAAAAAAAUAACUUGUUUCAAAAAAGUAUAAAAAAUAAAUAACAGAGAAGUGGUGCGUGCAUAUGUAUUCACCCCCUUUGCUAUGAAGCCCCUAAAUAAGAUCUGGUGCAACCAAUUACCUUCAGAAGUCACAUAAUUAGUUAAAUAAAGUCCACCUGUGUGCAAUCUAAGUGUCACAUGAUCUCAGUAUAUAUACACCUGUUCUGAAAGGCCCCAGAGUCUGCAACACCACUAAGCAAGGGGCAACACCAAAAAAGCAGCACCAUGAAGACCAAGGAGCUCUCCAAACAGGUCAGGGACAAAGUUGUGGAGAAGUACAGAUCAGGGUUGGGUUAUAAAAAAAAUAUCCAAAACUUUGAACAUCCCACGGAGCACCAUUAAAUCCAUUAUUAGAAAAUGGAAAGAAUAUGGCACCACAACAAACCUGCCAAGAGAGGGCCGCCCACCAUAACUCACAGACCAGGCAAGGAGGGAAUUAAUCAGAGAGGCAACAAAGCGACCAAAGAUAACCCUGAAGGAGCUGAAAAGCUCCACAGCGGAGAUUGGAGUAUCUGUCCAUAGGAACAUUUUAAGCCGUACACUCCACAGAGCUGGUCUUUACGGAAUAGUGGCCAGAAAAAAGCCAUUGCUUAAAGAAAAAAUUAAGCAAACACGUUUGGUGUUUGCCAAAAGGCAUGUGGGAGACUCCCCAAACAUAUGGAAGAAGGUACUCUGGUCAGAUGAGACUAAAAUUGACCUUUUUGGCCAUCAAGGAAAAUGCUAUGUGGGGAUGUUUUGCAUCGGCAGGGACUGGAAAAUUGGUCAGAAUUGAAGGAAUACAGGGAAAUUAUUUAGGGAAAUCUGUUUCAGUAUUCCAGAGAUUUGAGACUGGGACCGAGGUUCACCUUCCAGCAGGACAAUGACCCUAAGCAUACUGCUAAAGCAACACUUGAGUGGUUUAAGGGGAAACAUUUAAAUGUCUUGGAAUGGCCUCGUCAAAGCCCAGACCUCAAUCCAAUUGAGAAUCUGUGGUAUGACUUAAAGAUUGCUGUACACCAGCGGAACCCAUCCAACUUGAAGGAGCUGGAGCAGUUUUGCCUUGAAGAAUGGGCAAAAAUCCCAGUGGCUAGAUGUGCCAAGGUUAUAGAGACAUACCCCAAGAUACUUGCAGCUGUAAUUGCUGCAAAAGGUGGCUCUACAAAGUAUUGACUUUGGGGGGGUGAAUAGUUAUGCACUCUCAGGUUUUCUGUUUUUUUGUCUUAUUUCUUGUUUGUUUCACACACAAAAAAUAUGUUAUUAUAUAUUCAAAGUGGUAGGCAUAUUGUGUAAAUCAAAUGAUACAAACCCCCCAAAAAUUUUUAAUUCCAGGUUGUAAGGCAACAAAAUAGGAAAAAUGCCAAGGGGGGGUGAAUAUUUCCACAAGCCACUGUAUGUAUGUAUAUUUACAUGUAUGUGUGUACUCUAGUCUCAUUGUCUGGCUCAGAGGUGUGGAUCGGCCUGAUAAAGAAGCUAUCGUCUUCAGCUGUAGAGUGGUCAGACGGCUCCCCGGUCGACCUCACUCUCUGGCACAAGCACCAGCCUACCCAUAGUAACAGUCAGCUCUGUGCCAAGACUGACAUAAAGGUACGGUCAACUGAAUCCUUUUGACUUUGAUGAUUACAGUUUGUGGUUGGUUCAUCGUCUUUAUUUGAAUUCAUAUAGUAAAUUACUCAAAUGUGUGUGUGUGUGUGUGUCCGUCCUAGGAGGGGAACUGGCUGUUGGCACCAUGCGAUGAGAAGCUCCCUGCAGUGUGUAGGAGACCCGGCCUUCUGCCCCUACACCCCACUGGAGCAUGGGACGAGAGCUGUCCUGAGGUAGCCUCAUACACACACACACACACACACACACACACACAUACACACACACAUAGAUGAUCUGAUGAGAAACCCUACAAGAUAUCAUCGCUGCAUGUGUCCUAGCCCUGAGCAGAAGAAUGCAAAACUGCUCUUAUCUACAUCAAUCUAAACCGAACUGUUUCCAUAACAACUUAUUUCAUGGCACCAUGCAGUGUUGAUUCGAUACAUUCUUUGUCAGACAGAGGUUCUGUGGCGUGCAAACUGCUGACAUUGAGCAGUGUGGUCAGAAUAGUGCCAUUCUACAUAUCCAGACCUGCAUUACCAUUACAGUAAAAGAGCCUGGUUGGGUUCAGAUCCUGAGUUAGGGAGAGUCUGCUCUGCAUUCAGUACAAUGAGCUGAUUCAACAGCCAGAUGACGUAUUGUCUGACUGUCAUGUGGAGCUGUCACUGUUUACGAGGACAUAAGCAGAUUGACUCAUAAGGGCUGUUUCACUGUUUCACCAUGUCCUAAAAUGGACAGGAAAUGGUCCUGGGGGAGUACUAUCAAUGGACACAGACACUAACUAAGAAGUAUAAAUAAAUAAAUAAAUGGGGACUUCACAGAAUAAAGACUUCUUUCAGGGACUGUGUUUGAUUGUUUUCAGGCCAUGUUGUAAAAUUCACACAAUCACCCUAGCUAUGUUCAUUGAAAAACGGCCUUCAGUUGGAAAGGGAUUUGACAACAGAAAGAGAGAAUCUCCUCCAUCGCGGAGGCACUGGUGUACAUUCCUUCCACACGCACGUGUUGGCUGCCAUUGGUCCUCAAGUGUGUAUGGUGAGGUGGGGGUGAAAUGUAGGAGACUUGUCAAAACACCACUACUUCCUGUCCCUAAGACCCUCCCCAAAAGUCCCCCCCAAGCCCCCUCCAGUCCUAACAGAUGGGCCCAGUCAUAGCCCUAACCCCCCACCCUCCCCAUUCCCCUAACCCCAAUCCUCCACGUGUGUUUGCUUGUAUUAGCCACUGCAGUCUACUGCUAAUUCCAAACUAUGCGGCUCUUACUGCCAGAAUGUUUGGAGGGUAACACAAUCCAGUCAGCUUGGCCUGCUCUGCUGAGCUUGUUGCUAUUCUUGUACACCGGCCCAAACUCUUUUCAGGUGUCUGUGUGUAUAGACAUGGAGUAAUGUGUGAACCUGCAGUAUAUUCAGCGCAUUGUCUUGGCUGCUCUCACUCUUGGACGGUGUCUGCAGUAGAAGAAUCCAGUCAUAUAAAGUUAAACGUUUUCUAUUUGUUUAAUCUAACUGAGCUACAGAUGUAGGAUCUUAAUUUGAUCACUCUUUUGUUCUUUAGAAUUUUCUUGAACAGCAGGAAAUGCUAACUUGUAGUGUAUUCGAGGUUUUAAAAGGUUUCUAAAGUUUUUAAUUUCCAAUAUCAGACUUAACUUGCCGUAACAAAAAAUUUAUCAACCCCUACAAAAAAUGUCCAUUAAUUAAUAAUCCACAUAAUAAUUCAAAUGUCCUGCUGCUGUGCAGGAUUAUUUUCUUGCUGUAGCAAACUGGCUCAAAUUAAGACCCUACAUCUGUAUGUCUUCCCCACAGGGUUGGAAGCGGAAGGGCCACUCUUGCUACAUGGUGACGAGCCACGAGCAGAGCUAUGAAGACGCUGUCAAGGGUUACUACUGCAAGGCUCCUCUGGUCACAGUGGAAAACAGGUCUGAUUUCUGAUUCAGACUUCUCAUCUUAAUCAUUUCUUACACACUGCACCUCAAAUGGGAACUCCCAUAUUUCAUAGUGGCAAGAAUACAUUCUUAUGAAUGAUUGUUGAUUUCUCUCCGUGGCAGGUUUGAGCAGGCCUUUCUGAACAGCCUGGUGAGUGAGAUGGGAGCCAAUGGUAGUAUAUAUUACUGGACGGCCCUACAGGACCAGGGUAACCAUGGAGAGUACAGCUGGCUGGGAGGACACAAUGGAUCCACCCUACCGCUGCUGUAUACCAACUGGAACAGGCAUCAGCCAGGUAGGGAAGGGAGACGUGGUGGGGUGGGCUGUAGCAUCCUAUACUCUAUGUUCCAGGUAGAAGUUGCCCCUUAACCACAGAUCCAGGGUCAGAUUACCCAACAAUGUAUCCUAACGGCUAUCAGAAGGGUAAUGAAAAAAGAUCUGACCCUGGAUCAGUGCAUAGGGACAAACUUCAACCUACUCUAUGUCAAUAAACAAUAGUCUCCCUGUUAAACUAUACUGUUUUGUCGUAGUGGAUUGAGUGAUACAGUAUAUGACAACUAUGUUGUUCCCUCUAUUCACAUGUUUUUCCAGACCACUCCACUGUCAACAGUCUUCCUUCUCUUCCCCACUGGCAUGUAGUCUCGAUGACACAGACCAGCUCCACUUAGAUAGCAAACAAUAGGGCUGAGACAGAACAGACAGACAGACAGAAAGACAGACAUAGUUGUGGGUUAGUUUAGCCCCAGGUGGAUGUGUCUGCUGUCUACUGUCCUUCAUUCAACCCCCCCUCCUUCACUUCACUUCACACUGUGGCUUCGUCCCAAAUGGCAUCCUAUUCCCUAUGCAGUGCUCUACUUUAGUAGUGCACUUUGAAGGGAAUAGCCAAAUAGAGUGCCAUUUCGGAUGCAGGCUAUGAUUAAUGAGUUCAAGUGUAAUUUAGGUUUCACAAUCUCAGCUUCCUUCAGUCAGGAUGAGAGCAUCAUAAAUCAUGCUGUUGCUAUGGUGAAAUGGCAGGACAACUUUGAAGUAGAAAUCCAAUCAUUUAGUUAAUAAAUCACAGCUCACAGUCUCUCUCUCUCUCUCUCUCUCUCUCUCUCUCUCUCUCUCUCUCUCUCUCUCUCUCUCUCUCUCUCUCUCUCUCUCGCUCUCUCUCUCUCUCUCUCUCUCCCUCUCUCUCUCCUCCCUUCUCUAGUCAGUGCAGGUGGCUGUGUGGCUAUGACAGGUGGCCAGGCCUUGGGUCACUGGGAAGUGAAGGACUGCAAAUCCCAGAAGGCGUUGUCAGUGUGUAAACAGAGCAUCAGUGGUUACCAGGAGGUCCUGUUGCCUGCAAUCCAUAUUGACGCUUAUGCCCCCUGUCCUCCAGGCUGGGAAUCACACACCGGCCUGCUCCACUGUUACAAGGUCAGCUGCCUUUCCUCCUCUUCUCCCCCCUCCGUUCUGUCUCUUCUCCUUUAUCUAUUUUCCUGUAUUUCGCCUGUCUUCCUCAGUUAUUAACUCAUUGUGAAAAGUAAUGCUUAUGCUACCACUCUGAGAGAGUAUGACAUGAUCACAAUUCUCUAAAUAAUAGAGGUUGUCCCAUUAGCUGUCACUUGAAAACCAAUGCAGAUAAGGAGAUGCUGUAGUCAAGGCGACGUAGUGUCAUUGUUGACUGUGGUCCUCAGGCGUUCCACAGUGAGAAGGUCCUGAUGAAGAGGUCGUGGGAAGACGCUGACUUCUUCUGCCAGGCUCUAGGAGCUCAGCUGGCCAGCUUCCACCACUACGAGGAGCAGGUCUUCGUCAAAGGACUCCUCCACUCCAUGUUUGAUGGGUUAGUUAGUGCCACCUAGUCCAACAUCACUACUGUUCAUUUGUCAAAAGUUAAAAGUGUGUUUAUCACCUACACCCCUGUUUUUGCCUUUUUAUAAUAUUGUGUUGUCCCAGGGAAUCAAGCACACACAUUUUCUUCAGGAAAUGCAGUUUUACCUGUGAUUGUGGAUGACUUUUAUUCAUUAUGUCAAAUCUAUUCCCUCUCUCUCUCUCUACUCUACUCCUUCCUCUUUUUCAGAACAGAGGGUCGUUGGUUCUGGGUGGGCUUGAAUAAGAGAGACCCCCAGUCAGCAGGAGCUUGGGGGUGGUCUGACGGGACCCCUGUGGUGUCCUCCUUCAUCGAGGAUAAGAACCAGGAGGAUGACAGACAUAACUGUGCUGUGUACAGUGACCUGACCAACGCCCUCCUGCCACAGCCCUGUGACACCAAGCACGAGUGGAUCUGCAAGGUUCCCAGAGGUGCUGUAUGACUGGAUGAACGUUUUGAAAACAUAAUUUUUUUAUUGCUUUUUGCUGUACAGUGUCCUUGUUUAAAAAAAAAGUUGCUUUGAAUCCAAUGUAUUUUUAUUAUUAUUAAAAUUGCUUGUUGAUUUAUCCGUAUAGAUUGUAUAGGUUUAUCAAUAAGAGUGUCUGUCUUAUAUGUCUCCUAGGUAUGGAGCUGAACAAACCCUACUGGUAUAAUAACCGUAAGUACAUUUAUUCAUGUGUAUGUAUUUUAUUAUAUUUGAUAUUUCUUAUGUAUUUUAUUGAGUUUUUAUUCAUUUAUUGAUAUGCUUAUUUGUGAUAUAAAUUGCAGUUCCUCUGUCCUGUAGAGAAUGAGCCCUGGGUGUUCUACAGAGCAGCAGAGUAUCUGUUGGCCAAGCAGCCUUUUCCCUGGGAGGAUGUAAACCUGGCCUGUAUGAUGAUGGGAGCCCACCUGCUGUCUGUCCACUCUAAAGAGGAGCUCCGAUUCAUCAGAGAGCGCAUGGGGAGGGUCUGUACACACACACACACACACUAACACACGGGCCGACACACACACACACGUGCCGACACAAAUUCACACACACUUACACACACACACAUUCAGACACACACGAGCCGACACAAUCAUACACACACAAUCAUACACACACAUACACACACACAAGUUCACACACACUAGCCGACACAUUCACACGCGAACGCCCUCAUUCCCACACGCGCCUGUAAAUUCACAGUUCACACACAAGUGCCCUCACACACUCUCUCUCUUACACACACAUACAAACACACGCCGACGAGUUCGCACGAGUGCCCUCGCAUACAGGAACCAAAUAAAGGGCCUUGUUUCACCACAGCACAGCGUCUUGGAUCAAACCGAAGGGCCCUCUGGUGGAGAGGCUUUUGAAGGCUAUAAAAAGGACGGAGCUGUGGAUAAAACAGCAGAGGCUGGGGCCAAGGCCAAAGAGAGGUGUUGAAUGAGGCCAAGGCCAAGGAGAGGGGUUGAAUGGGCUCUCGUGGCGUGAAAGAGGCUGAAUGGCUGAUCCUUCACUGGAGCGAGGGCAGAAUGCAGGAGGAGGAGGAUAAUAGGUCUUGAAUGAGUGAGCUAAGCAUUUAUUUUCUUCUCUCGGUUCUCAGCUCUCUCUGGGGUCAACUGACUGGUGGAUAGGGCUGUCCACAGACCUGGUGAGGGAAGAGUUCAGGUAAGUGGGGCUUUUGAGUUUAUUGAAUGCUCUAUUUUACCUCACACUCAAUGGAUAAUGCUGUUUAUUUCGUGUGAGGGGGUGUAAUAGGAGUGUGUGUGUGUGUGUGUGUGUGUGUGUGUGUGUGUGUGUGUUUGUGUGUGUUUGCGUAUGUGUGUGUGUGUGUGUGUGCGUGUGUGCAGUUGGAGUGAUGAGUCCCCUGUGGAUUAUCAGAAUUGGGCAGAAGGAAGCUCCCAUGAUGCCCCAGUGAAACAGAAACAGUGUGUGACAAUGUCCUCUCUUUCAGGUGAGCACACAGGCACACACACACACACACACACACACACAAAAAAAACACCAUGACCGAGUCCUCUUUGACGUGUUUUGACCAACAGGUCAGUGGUCGGCGGGUGAGUGUGGCGGUCUCCACGCUCACGUAUGUAAGCGCCGGACCGUGUCCGUGGUGGAGAUUCCCAGAGAGCCUCACUACAUCGGAGGCUGUCCAGAGAGAUGGCUCUACUUUGGACACAAGGUUUACCUCCUCUCCCAUCCUUUGAUUCAUUUAAAAGCUUCUGCAUAGUAGGGCUUAAAUGGAAGUUUGUAUAGUUUAGUACCCAUUAUUAUAUAUCCUGAUUGCCUAGUCACUUUUACCCCUUCCUACUUGUACAUACUGUAUUACCUCAAUUACUUCAACUACCUCGUACCCCUGCACAUUGACUCAGUAACACAGGGGUGUCAAAGUCAAAUGGACGGAGGGCCAAAUAAAAAAUUUAGCUACAAGCCGAGGGCCGGACUGUUCGAAUGUUCAUUGAAAAUUUUUUAAAUGACGCAUAUAGUCUAGUGAACCUAAUUGAACCUACUGAAAACCUAACAAAUAUAUUCCAAUAUGAUCAGAUAAAUAAAGCAAUAUUUUCUUAUGGCUCUGUCAGUAAUCUUUAAUUUUCAACAGACACAAAAGACAAAUUUCCUUUAUAUAAAAAUCCCCAUAACAUGAACAUUAAAUGAAAGAAACCGGUAUUCAAGGCACCAUCAGUAGCCUAUAUUUUCUAUUUUAGCAAAAGUGGGCUAAAUUUACUUCAAAGAAAAAAACAAUAAUAGCAAUUUUCUAUCAUCCACUCAACUGAAAUAUUUUUAAAAUAUAAUUGGAUUGAAAUACAAUAAAAUAAAGUGCAAAAAUCUAUUAAUCAAAAACAACACUUUGUUUAAGGAGAAGUAACAUGCAGUGAAAACAAAUAUUAAACUUUAACUUUUAAACUUGAACUGAGUAAAAACUCUAAAUAUGUGAUUGCACAGUAAUGUUCACUUGUUUGAGGUUGAGGGUGAUACUUGGUGGUGUCCCAUCUUUUCCACAAGUUCAUCAAUGUUCGGGGUAAGGCUCUGAGCUGAGGAAAUCCUCAGAAUUGAGUGGAGGUGUUCAGCAGUAAGUCGACUUCUGUGUGAUGUUUUGUUCAGGUUCAUCAAAGAAAACAGUUGUUCACACAGGUAUGUGCUGCCAAACAUAGACAACGUUUGAGCAGCCUGGAUGCGCAGCUGGGGCAUUGUGUCGGGGAGGAAACGGGCGAACUCCGCAGCACCCACUGCCGCAUAUUUUGCCCUCAGUGCAUCAUUGCAUUGGAGGUCAAUCAACUCCAUUUGGAGGUUUGGUGGUGAGCUUUCCACGUCAACAGCAAAUGGGUUACCGAGCAGUUCCAACCUGCUUUUUUGUGCUUCAAAGUCAGCAAAUCGGCGUCGAAAGUCAGCGGCAAGCAUACCUAUUUUAUCAGCCAACUGUGCGCUCGGGAACGCACUGGUAGAGAGCUUCUCUUUCAUGGUCUGGCAGCUGGGAAAGUGGCUCAAAUUUUCUUUCCGCAUCUGCGUCUCCCACAGAGUCAGUUUGGUUUUAAAUGCCUUCACUGUACUGUACAUAUCAGAGAUGACAUGAUCCCGACCCUGCAGCUGCAAGUUCAUUGCAUUCAGAUGACUCGUAAUGUCACACAGAAAAGCCAUUUCACACAGAAACAUUUCGUCUCGGAGUUGUGUUGUGUCUUUCCCUUUGCUGUCCAAGAACAGACAAAUCUCCUCACGAAGCUCGAAACAUCUUUGAAGCACCUUUCCCUGGCUUAGCCAUCGCACCUCUGUGUGAUAAGGCAAAUCACCAUGCUCCGUUUCUAACUCCGUCAGAAAUGCCUUGAACUGGCGGUGAUUCAAACCUUUGGCUCUGAUAAAGUUAACUGUGCGCGUGAUGAUGCUCAUUACAUGCUCCAUUUUCAAGGCUUUACCGCACAACGCUUCCUGGUGUAUGAUACAAUGAUAAGCUGUCAGCUCACCUGUCGCGUUUUCCUCUUGCAUCUUUUCCCGUAUCUUCGCCACCAGUCCGCUCCUGUGUCCACACAUCGCAGGUGCUCCGUCGGUUGUCAAACCCACGAGUUUUUCCCAAGGCAGCUCCAUCUCAUUUACACAUCUUGACACCUCUUCAUACAAAUCAUGCCCCGUAGUUGUGCCAUGCAUAGGACGUAAAGCCAAAAACUCCUCUGUCACGCUUAGGCUGGAGUCCACUCCGCGGAUGAAAAUUGACAACUGGGCAAUGUCAGAAAUGUCGGUGCUCUCAUCCACAGCCAAGGAAUAUGCAAUGAAAUCUUUUCCCUUUUUCACAAGCUGCUCUUUUAGAUUGAUGGACAACUGGUCUACUCUCUCGGCAAUGGUGUUUCUGCUCAGACUCACAUUUAAAAAGAGUUGCCUUUUUUCUGGGCAAACUUCGUCACAAACUUUAAUCAUGCAGUUUUUGAUGAAAUCCCCCUCUGUAAAUGGCCGGGCUGAUUUAGCGAUCUCUUCUGCCAAAAUAAAACUGGCCUUGACAGCAGCCUGGCCUUGUGAUUUGGCUUUUUUGAACAGAGCCUGUCGAGAUUUGAGGCCUCGUUUUAAUUCCUCUGCCUUUUGUAGCCUUUGUUCCAUGUCCAUAUUCUUGUUUUUGUCCGCGUGUUUCGUUUCAUAACGUUUCAUAAUGUCGUACUCCGACUCCCACCUUGUUUGAAACCCCCGGUUCUCAGUGUCCACCUUCCGUUUUGCCAUUUUUGAUGGGUAUCUGAAAGUUAAUUUUACUGUGAUGCUGACGACUGCUGUGCCAAUAAAUAUUGAAAUGAAGCAGCCUACUGCUCGGUGCGUCACCGUUGCAUUGUGGGAAAUGUAGUAUUGGUGCGUGUAAAAGAUCUGCGGGCUGCCGGCUUGCUGCGGUCUGCGGGCCGGUUCUAAUAAUAAAUCAAGAUCAUCCCAGGGGCCGUAAAAAACCUUCUCGCGGGCCGGAUGUGGCCCGCGGGCCUUGACUCUGACAUAUGUGCAGUAACAGUACUCCUUGUAUAUAGCCUCGUUAUUCUUUUGAUUGUGUUACUGUUUCCUUUUUUAUUUAGCAAAUAUGUCUUACUUUUUAACUCUGCCUUGUUGGGAAUGUACAGUCGUGGUCAAAAGUUUUGAGAAUGACACAAAUAUAAAUUUUCACAAGGUCUGCUGCCUCAGUUUUUAUGAUGGCAAUUUGCAUAUACUCCAGAAUGUUGUGAAGAGUGAUCAGAUGAAUUGUAAUUAAUUGCAAAGUCCCUAUUUGUCAUGAAAAUGAACUUAAUCCCCAAAAAACAUUUCCACUGCAUUUCAGCCCUGCCACAAAAGGACCAGCUGACAUCAUGUCAGUGAUUCUCUCGUUAACACAGGUGAGAGUGUUAACGAGGACAAGGCUGGAGAUCACUCUGUCAUGCUGAUUGAGUUAGAAUAACAGACUGGAAGCUUUAAAAGGAGGGUGGUGCUUGAAAUCAUUGUUCUUCCUCUGUUAACCAUGGUUACCUGCAAGGAAACACGUGCCGUCAUCAUUGCUUUGCACAAAAAGGACUUCACAGGCAAGGAUAUUGCUGCUAGUAAGAUUGCACCUAAAUCAACCAUUUAUCGGAUCAUCAAGAACUUCAAGGAGAGAGGUUCAAUUGUUGUGAAGAAGGCUUCAGGGCGCCCAAGAAAGUCCAGCAAGCGCCAGGGCGUCUCCUAAAGUUGAUUCAGCUGCGGGAUCGGGGCACCACCAGUGCAGAGCUUGCUCAGGAAUGGCAGCAGGCAGGUGUGAGUGCAUCUGCAUGCACAGUGAGGGGAAGACUUUUGGAGGAUGGCCUGGUGUCAAGAAGGGCAGCGAGGAGGCCACUUCUCUCCAGGAAAAACAUAGGGACAGACUGAUAUUCUGCAAAAGGUGCAGGGAUUGGACAGCUGAGGACAACGGUAAAGUCAUUUUCUCUGAUGAAUCCCCUUUCCUAUUGUUUGGGGCAUCCGGAAAAAAGUUUGUCCGGAGAAGACAAGGUGAGCGCUACCAUCAGUCCUGUGUCAUGCCAACAGUAAAGCAUCCUGAGACCAUUCAUGUGUGGGGUUGCUUCUCAACCAAGGGAGUGGACUCAUUCACAAUUUUGCCUAAGAACACAGCCAUGAAUAAAGAAUGGUACCAACACAUCCUCCGAGAGCAACUUCUCCUAACCAUCCAAGAACAGUUUGGUGACGAACAAUGCCUUUUCCAGCAUGAUGGAGCACCUUGCCAUAAGGCAAAAGUGAUAACUAAGUGGCUCGGGGAACAAAACAUCUACAUUUUGGGUCCAUGGCCAGGAAACUCCCCAGACCUUAAUCCCAUUGAGAAAUUGUGGUCAAUCCUCAAGAGGUGGGUGGACAAACAAAAAUCCACAAAUUCUGACAAACUCCAAGCAUUGAUUAUGCAAGAAUGGGCUGCAAUCAGUCAGGAUGUGGCCCAGAAGUUAAUUGACAGCAUGCCAGGGCGGAUUGCAGAGGUCUUGAAAAAGAAGGGUCAACACUGCAAAUAUUGACUCUUUGCAUAAACUUAAUGUAAUUGUCAAUAAAAGCCUUUGACACUUAUGGAAUGCUUGUAAUUAUACUUCAGUAUACCAUAGUAACAUCUGACAAAAAUAUCUAAAAACACUGAAGCAGCAAACUUUGUGAAGACCAAUACUUGUGUCAUUCUCAAAACUUUUGACCACAACUGUAAGUAAGCAUUUCACUGUAAAGUCUACACCUGUUGUAUUCGGCGCAUGUGACCAAUAACAUUUGAUUUGAUUUCAGUUUCUCUUGGCCAUCUGACCGUACAAGGAAAAAACUCACUGAUCUAGGAACUAUACCAAAACCUUGCUAAAUUUCUGUCCUGUGUUUUAUGUGUAUUCUGGCAGUGUCUCCUGCUGCACCUCCCCAACAGUUCUGAGGAGGGGAAAAGCUGGAGAGACGCCCAGUCUAUCUGCUCCUCUUUCCAAGGCACGCUGGUCGCCAUCGAAGACGAGAUCGAGCAAGCGUACAUCACCAUGCUGCUCCAGGGCGGGACAGUGGGCAUUUGGAUUGGUCUACGGGAUGAGGACACCAUGAAAUGGACCAAUGGGAAACCUGUCAGCUACACCAACUGGUCCCCUGUAGAACCCAAGAACCCUCUGACGGUAAGACCUCCUCUAGGGAGAUUGUAGGUUAAAUGCAACAUCAAAUAUUGACAUUGUCUUUGUGCUUUGGGGAUGUUCUCUGUAUAGUGUAUUGAUUAGGGUGGGGGGGGUGUUGUGUGUUUGUCUAUGUGUGUGUGUGUCUGUGUGUGCCUUUCUGUGUGUGUGUGUGUGUGUGUGUGUGUGUGUGUGUGUGUGUGUGUGUGUGUGUGCACGUGGGCGCCCCUCCUCUGCAGGAUGAGUGGCUGAGCGGGCCCCUGGGCGGGGACGAUCCUCUGUGCACGGUGCUCUCCAACAACCACAACUUCCACCUGACAGGGAAGUGGUUCGAUGAAAAGUGCACAGAGAGUGGGUAUGGCUUUGUCUGUCAGAGACCCCAAGGUAGGACUCCCCUCUGUCUGCAUGCAUUCUGUGUCACGCACUCACCCUCAUUCAGGCUCUCAUUGACACAUUGGGGCCUAUUUUCAGAGCACAGAGCUGAGAUAUUACCAAUCAUGUCUGUAUUACCUCAUCAAUUAAACUGUUGUUUUUGGUUAUAGCUUCCUAUUUUGUGCUCUCAAAAUGAGAGAAAUCCCCUUCAGGAAUUGUUGAACAAAGAAAUUAGUGUUUCUGUUGAUUUUGUGACAAAUCGAUGCCCUUGCUUCCUCCUGAAACAAUCUCUCUUCUCUUUUCCUCUCCCCCUCUCCCUCUCUCUUUCCCUGCAACAGACGCAACUAAACCCCCAUCCCACUCCUACCUCCACCCUCUCCCUGACAAUAUUGAGUACAAGAACCGCAGCUACAGGGUUGUCCGUGGCAACAUGAGCUGGUACGAGGCGCUGCAUAUGUGCUUAGAGUCUGAGUCUGAGCUAGUGAGCGUUACCGACCCCUUCCACCAGGCGUUCCUUACUGUCCUUGUCAAUAGAUUGGCAUUCCCCCACUGGAUUGGACUGUAUAGUCAAGACGUAGGUAUUAUACUAGACUGCUGAGUACUGCUACCUGCCUGGGCUGAGUGUGAAGUGUGUGUGUGUGUGUGUGUGUGUUUGUGUGUGUGUAGAUAAUGCUCAUUAACAAGCAUGUUGAAGUUGGUGGCAUGAAUUGACCUUUGAUGAUGUUAGGAGUAUGUAUAGUAGAAACAAGGAAACAGCUAAGCGCACUAGCUAGAGGUCUUUUAUAAACAGCAUGGCCACAAUGAAGUCAUGUUGAAAAUACAGAAAUGCCUGAGACCAUGUGCAUCUGACAGUCUGUUUACUCUGAUGCUUUCGCUUUCUCCCUCUCCAGUCCAUGUCAUUCUUUCGAAGCAUGGUGAUUUCAUCUUUGUAAUUAUUCACAGCAUGUUUGCACCAUAUCAUAACCAAAUGUAUCUGAUCUCCUCAAAUCAGAAGUAGGCCUACUAAGUCCCAUUUGGGCACUUUCUAUUCACAGACACGCAUUCACAUUUCUACAACUCUUAUAUGAAUAUGUUUGGUGUUUAUAUACCAAUAUAUGGCUUAUAGCUGAUAUCCUGUGACAAACAGAGAUAUUUAUCACACUGGCUUAUAGAUGUAACUUAUCCCAUUACUGCAGUUGUCCAGUGUGCUUCCCAGAGCUUUCCUUCUGGCCCACAGCCCGUGCAUAACUAUGGUUGUGUCCCAAAUGGCACCCUAUUCCCUUUAUAGUGCACUACUUUUGUCCAGGGCUGAUAGGGCUCUGGUCAAAAGUAGUGCACUAUGUAGGGAAUAGGGUGCCAUUUGGGGCGGAGUUUUGUGCUUCACUUACACAGUAUGGGAGUUGUUUUUCUCAUCUGCCGGCCCGGCUGGGAGGAAUUCUAAACCACUCACAACAUGUGGAUCGAAGAAUCCCAGAGGCUCAAGGAAUGUCUUACUCGUGAAAUAUGGAAUGAGGACAGGAAAGGAGAGAAUUGAUUCACUUUGUUCUACACAAUGCACGCACACACACACACACACACACACAUUGGUAUAUAGACACCACACUUCCCCCAAGCCAAACCUUUUAACAUUGCCUGCUACACUCUACUCUUCCUGCUCCGUUGCAUAACAUGACCUACAACCCCGUCCUCUCCCUUAGCAACCCGCCUUAGCAACGUAGGCUCACCUUAAGAGUGUGUGUGACCCCCUUCCUGCCUGUGACUGUACGCCCCUACAGGAUGGGAUCAACUACCAGUGGUCUGAUGGCAGUGACACGGUCUUCACCCACUGGGACGCGGCCGAUGAUGAUGAUUUCAUCCUGGGGGACUGUGUGUACAUGGACGUCACCGGGGGCUGGAGGAGGGCCGACUGUGAGAUGCCGCUCCAGGGAGCCCUGUGUCAUGUCCCACCACCUAGUGAGUAUGGCCUAGGUCCUAGCAUAUUAUAAAGCAGUGGCUACUAAAGCUUACUGUGCUGUUAGUCCCUCCUCAAGAGUUUCAAAUGCACAAUACUGCUUUUCAUCAUUUUCUCCCAUAGAGAGUAAUGCAUUCACCACCUAUGAGGUUGUGUGUCCAUCGACGUGGGUGAGGUUUGGAGCCAGCUGCUACAGCUUUGAGCCUGUAGUCCAGAGACUGACCCUGGAUGAGGCCAGAGAGCACUGCAGACACAAAGGUACAGGAAUUCUGGGCAGAUGUUGCCCUCAAGCACAGAUUUAGGAUCAGAUUCCCCUGUACAAAUUCUAACCUUAAUCCAUAAUAAGAAAUUGCAAAACAUUCCUAACUUCAGCAACUUCAUCCUACUGUGGUAGGUCUCCAGUACACCAUGGAGGUCAAUUAGGUCUCAAUUAGGUCUCAUGCUAGGAUGGAUCAAGGAUUUUAUGGAUCUCUGUUAAUGGGAAUUUCCUUGUGAUGACUCCCUGUUGUAAUUGUCCAAAAUGUAAUGUUUGGUGAGAGCUCCCCCUAUGGGAUCCAUGUAUUAGCUCCAUUCUAGUAGUUAAUACUGUACUGUAGCUAUAGAUCUGAGGGUGCAAAACGUUCACAGAGUAUUGCCUUCUUUAUGCUCUGUAAUAAACAUAUAAUAAUGAAGGUUUGGUGGGUUUUUCCCUCUUCCAGCAAACACAUCAGAUGUCCUGACCAUAGAGACAGAGACGGAAAACAGGUUCGUCCUGGAGCAGCUGUGGUCGUAUGGCUUCCCACAUCAAAUCAUCUGGCUGGGGAUGUUCUUCAACACUGACAGUAAGCACACGCUUCCCCCAAGUUUCCUCUCUUUUCAUCAAAAUAAGCAGCCUUGGCGUACAGUAUAAACCAAAUGCUGGCAAAAGACAGACAAUGUAAGUGCUUCGGACAGAACUGGGAUAAGACACAGCUUAAUAGGUUUAGUAACAUUAUGAAUUUCUAAUUUUUAAAGUAGUAUUUUGAUACUAUUUAUUUACUUGGUGUUUUACCUGCUGAGUUGAUUGAAGCACUGAAAAGAAAACACCAUGACCUGGGGCAGAGUUGCAGGGGGAAGGAGAGGGGUCAAAUGAACCAAUUCACAACUUCUUUAUUAAAAAUUGUAUCUGUUUGUCUGGUCCAAUUUAGCGGACUCCAUGGCAUGGUUCGAUGGUUCUCCUAUGGACUACUCCAACUGGAACUUCCAGGCCCCAGACCCCAGCCUGCUGACAGCAGACACCUGUGUGUCCACCAGGGUGUCUGAUGGGAUGUGGCUUCUCUGUCAGUGCACUGACAGACUGGGCUUCGUCUGCAAAACUAACUUAGGUGGAGUAGAGACAUUCUGGCUGCAUUUACACAGGCAGCCCAAAUCUUUUGCCACGAAUUGGUCUUUUGACCAAUCAAAUCAGAUCGUUUGCCAAUAAUUGGUCUUUUGACCAAUCGAAUCAGAUCUUUUGUCAAUAAUUGAAAGAAAUAUCAGAAUUGGGCUGCCUAUGUAAACGCAGCCUCUCACUAACCUCCAACUGCUAUUAUGACAAUGCUUUGUGUUAUACAUUUGUACAGUGUACAUGUAUGUAUAUAUUCCACCUAUGUCUUACUCGUGAAAUAUGGAAUGAGGACAGGAAAGGAGAGAAUGGAUUCACUUUGUUCUACACAAUGCACGCACACACACACAUCUAUAGAUCAGUCAAGUUAAACAGAUCGUCUUCUUUGCAGAUACGAUCCCUGAGGUAGAAGUGGAGCCACUAAAUGGUAUGUAUGUAAUUGAGGCUAUUGACAGUUAUGCGUUUUUUCUCAUUUACAUUCUCAUAAUUUGGCAACAAAAAGGUAUCUUGGGAGCAGCCUCCAUGACUAACAGAGCCUUCAGUGUCCAGUAAACUUCCCGAGUGGCGCAGUGGUCUAAGGCACUGCAUCGCAGUGCUAGCUGUGCCACUAGAGAUCCUGAUUCGAAUCCAGGCUCUGCUGUAGCCGGCUGCAACCGGGAGACCAAUGGGGCGGCGCACAAUUGACCCAGCGUUGUCCAGGGUAGGGGAGGGAAUGGCCGGCAGGGAGGUAGCUCAGUUGGUAGAGCAUGGCGUUUGCAACGCCAGGGUUGUGGGUUCGAUUCCCACGGGGGGCCAGUAUGAAAAAGAAUAAUGUAUGCACUAACUGUAAGUCGCUCUGGAUAAGAGUGUCUGCUAAAUAAUGUAAAUGUAAACUCACCCCUCUGUGUCUCUCCCAGGGUUGCACCACGGUAUCGUCCCAGCCGCGGUCCUGGUGGCCAUGCUGAUCUUCGCCGUGCUGGUGGCGGUGCUCUGGCUUGUCUACAAGAGGAACAGGACACGCUUCCGCAGACUACCGUCCCUGGGAAACGCCUACUACAGACAUACUAGUUCCCAGGCCACAGACUCCGAUGGAAACGUUCUCAUCACAGACCUGGAAGCUCACUCAGGAGAAUAGGGUGGUGUCCGAAAUGGCACUCUAUCCCCUAUAUAGUGAGCUUCCAGAUCUGUGGUGAGAGUGUUUCCAUCGGAGUCUGGUCAAAAGUAGUGCACUAUAUAGGGAAUAAGGUGCCUUUUCAGAUGCACAAUAGGACUGCAAAAUGGUGGUGUUCUCUAAAGUUGGUUAAAGCAUGGGAAUGGGCCGAACUCUCUGUAUGACUGUGAAGAAUGGUACGUCUCUGUGGGGUCUGACAUGGACCACAGCAAGGGAACUUAGAAAAGGAGGUGAGAGCCCAAUGAGCUUUAUCCACUUUAUACCACAGGAGGCUGUUGAGGGGAGAAUGACUCAUAAUAAUGGCAGGAAUGGAGCAAAUGGAAUGGCAUCAAACACCUGGAAACCAUGUGUUUAAUGUAUUUGAUACCAUUCAACUCCAGUCAUUACCACGAGCCCGUUCUCCCCAAUUAAGGGGCCACCAACCUCCUGUGCUUUAUACAAGUAGUUGAUGAAUCAGGGACCAAUCAUGUGGCUGAGAGUGAGGGAGUGCACCUUGGUAAGUUUUGUCUACAAAGGAUUAGAGCUGUUAUCCCAAGUGCUUUGAAAGGGGCUGACAUUCUAAUGUAUGCAUUUGAAAAUCGAUAGAUAUUCUUUGCACUGCAAGGUUGUUGUUUUGUUAUUGCGGUACAAUGCCAACUGCUCCCACUAAUGCUGGUACCAACUGUAUUUGUGAGUACAAGUCUUUCACGCAGUGAAGACUAGUUUUCUGUAAUGCCUUCUACAGGACCAAAACUAUUUAAUUAUUGUUUAAAAUAACAAUGGGCGUGAUUCAGUUGUUUACAGCAAAGACAAAGUCAUACUUUUGCAAUACAUUCUGAAGUCAUCUUAUAUGUAUUUUCUUUAUGAACAGAAAUAAGAAAAUAAGACCCCAAAUCAAUUCCAGUUAUGUUUUUUAAAUCUAUAGUGUCAUUAAAGGACAGUGUUUCUUUGUUAGCACUUUAUUGCACCAAACUCCAUCAAUGCAAUACGGAAAGAUUAUGAUGUAUGUUUUUUUAAUGUUUUUUUUUUGUAUGUUUAUUUAUGUGUGUUCGUAUUGUGUAUUUUCCUACGCACAGAACACACACUCACACCCUCACAGUAUUUUUUAAGUAGCCUAUAAGUACAAACAUGAUAUUCAUAAGAGGAAGGGAAGAAAAUUCAAGAGAAAAAUGCAGGCAUUUAUUUAUGUUUUAUUAUUUAUCAUUACGAGAAAAAUUUGGUCCACAAAUCAGUCAAAAUGUAGGAGUAAAGAAACUUUUAUUGAUGAAACAAAAAUGAUGUAACAAAGUACUGUUAUGUAAAUGGUAGCUCUUUGAGAAUUAAUUAAGUAUUCUGAGUAGACUUAUGUGUUGGUUGUUUUUAAUGAGGUACAGUAUUUGCUGUGUUACCUGUUGUAGUUUUUGUAUAUUGGGUACACAGAGUUAUUAGAUAUGAAAUAUGUUGUUGUAGUUUUUUCUAUUGUGUGGAAAGAAAUACAUGCAAGAGGAUAUCACAGAUGCUUGAAAAUGUUUACUGUCUCUUGAUAUUUUGUAUUGAUAAUGUUCAUAACAAAUAAUAUUUGCCUUCGUGUAAAUAAAAUUAAGCUGUAUCCAAGUUGUAUCUUAAUUGUGUCUUGCUAUACAACGUUUGCUUGUAAAUGUGUCAUCUGCAUUGAGAUGGUCUGCAGUGCACUGUGGGGGUGAUAUCCAAAUAUGGUCUAUAUCUUGUUAAUUCUUACCAUGUUUCCUUUGAAAUUAGUCAUUUGCAUUGAGAUGCUCUGAGUGGGACUAGGGCAGGGGUGACAUCAUGUGGAUGAGGGAGACUGAGUAGGAUGGACUGUUUACUCGUGGGGCUCUCAAUACGUCCCAAAUGGCAUAAUAUUCCCUAUUUAGUACACUACUUUUGAAGAGGGCCCAUAGGGCUCUGGUCAAAAGUAGUGCACUACAUUGGGAAUAUGGUACCAUUUGGGAGGGAUCCUUUGUCUGGAAGUGGCCUCGACUGACUGGCCUGACUGUUGUUGUUGGCUGAGAUGGUUGAGAUGAUUCACUGCAUGAUGUUUCACUGCUGCUCUUAUUUGCUUGUCUUUGAGAGAAUUGACAGUGGCUUAUGCUAGUUGGAGACGCAACAUCAACAUACUUUUAUUUAUUUAUCAGUGUAUUUUGUCGAUGACUCAGCAUAUGUAAUGUGAAUUGUGUAUUAUAUUGCAAAAUAACAUAAAUAAAGUUGUCAUUUUCAGUUCUCGGACUGGGAGUGGUCUGUGAUGCGUUGUCGGCUGUUGGCGAAUCACAAGCUCGCAAUCUUCCAUGGGGAAAUGCAGCCUAGGGAAGGAACUUGAGGUUAGUCAUAGUCAGCUGAAAGUGAAAGUAGGCUACUGCUACUCUGAAACGCAGAAUUGGGUUUGCGCAAACUGUAGGCUACUGGAAACGUAUGAAUCCGAAUAGAGAAGCCGUGGUAUUAUAAUCAUGAAGAAUAUUCCACUCCAAGCGACAGUUUACCUAUGUGUUUUCUUAUUCGUUUGGGAUAAAACUAUUUGUUUUGGAAGUUGCGCAUCAACUACAUAUUCCGGUAAGUAAGGUGCUUUCCAUUUUCAUUAUUAGGCAUGCCUGCCCCAUAGCUGGCUGUACUCGUUGAAAGAUUAUCGCGUUUCCUUAGGCUCUACUGCUACUUAGACAGUCCGUGGUAGCCUAUUAUUGUUUUGAAUGGGGGUUAGGUUCAAUAAUGGGACGUCAAGCCCCUUUGUUCAAUUUGAAAAGCAGGAACUAACAAACGUUUGACGUAUAAUAAACUCGUUUUUUAAACCACAUGUGGACUUUGGUUUAAUUUAGUUUAUGGCCCAUCAAAUUCCUCAUCUGCUUUCAAAAUGUGUAAUGCCCAUUAUAAAGUAUAUCCAUCAGAAUUAAAAUAAUGACCUCUUGAAACUCCUCUCGCGCAUAAAAUGUGCAGCCCUAUUGAGUCUGUUGGUACAAUGUUGCAAAGUCAUUGCUGCAAGGUUGCACGCUGUUGAAGUGAUCCAAAUGUUGCAGAAUGUUGGUAUAACUGUAAAAACAGUUUGCAUGAUCAUAUCCCCAUGGUCAAGUACUGUUCUCUCUCUCUCUCUCGGUUAGCCUCUCUGUAAUGAGUGUAGGCCACCUAAUUAGACAUACACAAUGUUGCUGUACCAGCCUAUAAAUAGCUUGAACUCAGAGAUGCAGUCUGUUAUGUUUCUGAGUUCAACUGCUAUCCUAUUAUACAGUACACAUGAUAUCAUUUAUGGUUUUACAUUUACGAUUACAUUAUCAGCAAUCAGUGUUGGCGACCAUGAUAAGCACAGGCCCAAAAGACCCCUGGCGUUUCUAGAGAUAGUUUUUUGCUUAUCUGAUUGUUGUUGAUUGCCUUGAAAUGUAGUCUUGGUCCCCUGCCUCCAUGACAAGCUGAACUAUUUAGGCAAAGAUAACCAGCAGCUAAACUGACAUUUAGAUGGGACGUUGUAGAUAUCUACCAAACAUUCGAAUGAAAAGUGAUACCAAAUAUAUUGUAAACAUAUACAAAAUAUUGUGUUGAAUGAACUUAUAUCGUUGUAGUGAUGUCACUAUAUUUACUAACACUUUAUUAUCACUAUAAUAUCACCAUAUUUACUUGUAAUAUGUUCAUGAUCAUUUCCAGGUAACGACACCUUCACCAUCCAGCAUGUGAGCACAGGGAAGUGCCUGGUAGCUAUGUCCACGUCUGGGACUGGAGUUUCCAGGAUAGCAGGGGCUAAGUCUGGAGGGUUCGGGUUCAACGUGACCCUGGGGGAGUGUGACGGCUCCAGGGGGUCCCAGUGGAAGUGGGGUUCCAGCCACCGUCUCUUCCACGUGGGCACGUCCCAGUGCUUGGGUCUGGAGGAGAAGACCAAGGCCCUGUCUCUGUUCAGCUGUGGCUCCAUGAAGGACACCAUGCUGGGGUGGCGCUGCCUGGAUGGGGCCGUCUAUACAUCGUACCAGAUGGGCCUCACGGUGACCGAGGGGCUGGUCAGUGCCAAGCGCGACUCCUCAGACGCCUGGAGGAGGGAUGGGUCGACCGAUAAUAUCUGCCAGCGGCCGAUGCGCAGUGAGUGUGUUCUGUCCUCUGAGCGGCUUAUUCUCCUAAUGGAAUAGAAUAGAACAGAAUAAACUUAGUUUUUCCCAUCUCAUGUAGGCCUAUCUAUGCUUAUUUACAUGUAUAAAACCUCUAGCCACAUUUUACAAGAAUGCAUUGAACUUUGAUAUACCUAUACACUCCCAUUGAUAUCUUUAUGAACAACAUCCUGUAUCACUUGGAGACAAUAUAUUUGGCAUGGUCUGUUGUAUGCUAAUGUGAGGUGCACUGUACAGAGCUCUGCUUGGCAGCCACAUGUUUUAUCAGUUCCGUUUGGAGUUGAAGGGGAAUCCUUCCAACCAGAAUUAGCAUGGCCUUCCUUGUAACUGUUGUUGUUAACAAGGCCAGUAUGGACACACUUACUUUCAUUUUCACUUAACUACAUCACGCUUGCACAGGGGCAUCAUUUCAACUAAGUUAUUUUUUAUUAAGUUUAAGCUCAUUUGCUGCAUUUCUACACAAUUUAACAACUCUUAAAAUGCAAUUAGGAGAACAGCAAAAACAAGCUUAAUUGACUCCAGCCAUAAUCACCUUGGCUGCUGUAGCUUCAGUCGAUAGGGGACUUAACAUUCUACAAACACAUGUCAUACAGCAGUUAGCUGCUACACACUAGCUCUCCACCGGGAAUAACAACUCUAGUUUAGUUUCCUGUCAAGUCAAACAUCAGUCACUGCAGCCUUCUCUCCCGCGCCGAGGCAUCCUAAAACAUGCUCUCUACUACCAAUAAACAGCCUGCCCCAGAGCUGUCCACAUAUUUCUAAAGCUAGCCCGCUAAUAUCGCUAAACUGCAUUUGCCUUUUAAUUCUGGAUUGGAAUGAUUUUAGUAGCCUAUUUUAAAUAGUUGGUGUUGAACUAGGGUAUGGUGACUGCCAUACUGUGCCAUACCCAAUUGUCACCCCCUGUGCAUUACAUCAAAUACCCUUGACCCUGUUCCAUUUGAAAUCAUAUCAAUGGCACUGUAUGCCAGUUGUUUGCCAGUAGCCUUGUGCUAAAUGAUACUGUUUCACAUUAUCUAAGCUCUCUCUCUCUCCAUUGAAAGCAGCAGCUUUGGUAUUCAAUGAAUGUGUUCUGUGUACAGUUCCUAAAUCCAGUUGAGUUGACAGUCAAACUGUGCGAGGUCAUAUCUUUAGAUGUGUCCAGAUUGAAUACUAACUCCAAUAUUCCUAAUAAACUAAUUUGAAAUGGGUGUCAUGGGAUUAAUUCUAAUUCUUUCUCUCCUCUACCUAUAGUUGUCCACACCACCAAUGGGACCUCGACCGGGGAGCCCUGUGUGUUUCCCUUCCACUACAACGGCAGCUGGUACCACGAGUGUCUCCCCGACGACCAAUCAUCUGAACUUUACUGGUGUUCCACAACCUCUGACUAUGACACUGACAAAAAGAUGGGAUAUUGUCUAAAAUAUGGCACGUUUUCUUAUUUUUAUUAUAGAUACAAAUCAUGAUUCUGGAAUGAAUCUACUAUUAGUCUUCUUGUACCGUUUCCCUUCACAUAUAAUGAUUACUGGAACUAGUACUAGUAGAGUACUUAAAGGAAAACUGUCUUUUGGUAUUUGUUUCAUUAGUCUGUUGUUGAUUUAAUCCCAAAAUGUUUUGCAUGUCAGCAAUCAAGUUUUCAUGAUAUGUAAUUUUUAAAAUAUGAAAAAUUAUUGCUGACAUGCAAAACAUUUUUGGAUUUGAUCAACAACGGACUAAUGAAACAAAUACCAAAAUGUAGUUUUUGGGUGAGUUUUCCUUUAAGUACUCUACUGGUCUGGGUGGAGUUUUCCUUUAAGAGAAGGAAGUAGAAAGAUCAUUGCAUCAAGAUUGGGCUCAAUUCUAUUUCAGUUCCCGUCAGUUGAAUUAAGGAUGUGGAAUUUGUCCAUAGGAGUGCAAAUAGUUUUACGGAAUUGACUGGAAUUAAAUUAACUUGAUCCCAACUACACUCUGAACCUAGUCUCUCAAGUCAGACGCCUUGCUUCCACAAUCUUUGAAUGCUUCAGUCUGGCUACGCGAGACUGCUCUGAACCCACAAAGUCCUUUGCUCCUUCACUUUGGCAUGUUUGAUGUGAUAUUUUCCAGGCUGUGUAGGGGCUACUGACUUAGUUUAAAAAAACAUGUAUGGAGCUCAGACACUGUUUUUAUUUGGCAUAUGUUCGACGAUAAUUUUCUCUGAAAUAUAGAACGAUAAAUUUGUCUGUUCGGGGCUAGUUGAGAAAUGCUUUAGCAAUACAAGUACUGCUGGUUACGCAUAACCCCCCCCCCCCCCCCCCACCCACCCACCACACACACACACACGCAUCCUACCUCCAUGCUGAAUCCCAUAUCUAAUCUCUCUCACAGAGGAAGGCUGCAAGGCCCUGUUUGAUGGCCCUGAGGGGGGACCCUGUUAUGAGUAUAUAUCCCAGGUCGCGGUGACAUGGCAGGAAGCACUGGACUCGUGUCGCAGCCAGGGAGCCGACCUGCUCAGCGUGUCCAGCUCAGAGGACCAAGCCUUCCCCAUCUGUAAGACUGCCUUCCACUAUAGUGGCUAUCUAUGGACGCAUUCAAACAAAACAAACCUCCCAAACCUGCAUUACAGGAACAGUAAGAUUAAUCAUGUACUGCAAAGAUGCAAUACUUGGAACUACUUGGCACAUACUACUUACUUGGAAGUACUUGGGACUAAAGUACUUGGGACUACAAUACUUGGAACUACUUGGCACAAAAAUAGUAUUGGAGUAUUGGAGUUUAUAGUGUAGUAUUUGUGCCUGUACUUUCAGGAUUAGACACACUGGAAUGUCCCUCUCCAUAGUUUAGAAAGAAAAAUACAUACAUUUUACGUGUCAUUGUCAGUUUUCAUACUUUCACUUCAGUUUUAGCAGCAGCUGCGGCUUGAGCGCACCAACACACAGGAAAGGAACUUUGUGUUCACUGUAGGAUGGUGCACUUUGCAGAUCUCAUUUGAUCUCAUUGUAUUACAGAGAGUGAGAUUUAUACAAGGAAGCUUUUAGACUAGAGACACUGCACAGCAGACACAACUGUUAUUGUUCAUAACCAUUACCAUCCAUCAUUAUUACUCUAUUACCAUCACAGUUUAGAAGACACAGGGAACCUAUUUCACUGACUGUUAAGAGGGGAACAAAACAUAGCCAUUUUUUAUUGACUAGUUGCCAAUAUGACAUAGGCUCGCAAGGGCAAUAAAAAGGAAUAUUCUGUCAUUUACUUUGUAGCUCGAUUUAGCUUGUCUAAUCUGGUCUGGUCUCUGUUCUGUGUGGACUGAAGUGGACGUGGCCCAUGACAGCAGGCCAGACAGGAUGUGGAUUGGCCUUCACCAGCUGGACACGUCUCAGGGCUGGCAGUGGUCAGACGGCUCACCCCUCAACAACCUGCGCUGGGACAACGGUGAGGACACGACACAACACACACAGACACACUGCUUUAGCAUGGUACUUAGUACAAAUGUGGUACAACUUUGUAACAACUAUGGUACAUAUAUGGUUAUAGCAAUGUCACAACUAGGUUACAACUAUCUAUAGUACAAUGAUAUAGCCAUAGCACAAAUACUGUAUAGUACACGCAUUGGUUGGUACAGGUAUGCCACAGCCAUACCACCCUACUGCCUGGUACCCAUCUCAUUCUCCAGCCUGUGCCACAAUACCACCAGGGAAACAAAGAGGCCAGUGUUGUGUUGUGAGCAGGCAAGCAGGGUCAUUGUGACUGACUGGACUGGACGCAGCACUGCACAGGGCCAGGCAGUGUGUGUGUGCUUGAGGAUUGUUGUGAACGAGCUUGAAUAACAAGUCAACCGGCCUGAAUGGGCCUCUGUAUAUAACCAUUAGCAUGUGGCCUGGUCAAAAGUAGUGCACUGUAUAGGGAAUAGGCUGCCAUUUGGGACACAGAUUUGGACUGGACUGCUGUGUCAGAGUGGUGAUGACGUCACUGUCCUUACUUAGAGCCCUUUGACCUCUCUGGGUUGUGUUUUUGUUAACCGUCAGUACCAAGGGGUGUACUACAAAGCAGGAUCAAUGAGUAAGCCUGAUAACUUUUGAUAAACAAACAGAAAUAACUACUGAUUUUCUGGUUCCGUAGGAAAGCUAAACUAAGAUUGUGUGUUUGUGUAGGGAUGCUGAACAAUUCGAUCCUAAGGGAGUCAGACUGUGGAUUGAUGAAUUCGAAAAACUACUACGAGAGUGAGAUCUGCGAUAAAAAGCUUCCCUACAUCUGCAAGAAAAACGUCAACGUCACCCAGUCAGAAACAACAGGUAGGAGUUGACCAGUUGAUCACAUUAAUAGGGAAGGUCUUACUCGUUUAUCCUCCAAUUAGAUAUACUGUAUUUAUGUCCCCUGCUAAAGGGAUUUAUGGAACGCUUUUCCAAGGUGCUGAAGCACUUAAAAUUUUAAGGCCAUCCAAGCUUUGCAUCUCAACUACUACAGUGCUAUGAAAAAGUAUUUGCCCCCUUUCUAAUUGUCUCUACUUUUGCAUAUUUGUGAUACUGAAUGUUAUCAGAUCUUCAACCAAAACCUAAUAUUAGAUAAAGGGAACAUAAGUGAACAAAUAACACAAUAAUUACAUAUUUAUUUCAUAAACAAAGUUAUGCAACACCCAAUUCCCCUGUGUGAAAAAGUAAUUGCCCCCUUACACUCAAUAACUGGUUGUGCCACCUUUAGCUGCAAUGACCUUUGGUAUGAUGUUCUUACUGUGGAAUGCAGAGUUUGGUUUUCGCCAAGCAUUACUGGAACCAUGUCGUCCAAAAAGUUAUACUUUUGAAUCAUCUGUCCAUAGACGGUUCUUCCAAGAGUCUUGAUGAUCAUCCAGGUGCUUUUUGGCAAACUUGAGUCAACUUUUUGGACGAGAUGGGUCCCAUUAUGCCUGGCGAAAACCAAACACUGCAUUCCACAGUAAGAACAUCAUACCAAAGGUCAAGCAUGUUGGUGGUGGUGUAAUAGUUUGGGGAUGCUUUGCUGCCUCAGGACCUGGACGACUUGCCAUAAUAGAAGGAACCAUGAAUUCUGCUCUGUAUCAGAGAAUUCUACAGGAGAAUGUCAGACCAUCCAUCUGUGAGCUGAAGCUGAAGCGCAGCUGGGUCAUGCAGCAAGACAAUGAUCCAAAACACACAAUCAAGACUACAUGAAAAUAGCUAAAAAGCAACAAAUUUGAAGUUUUGGAAUGGCCUAGUCAAAGUCCAGACCUAAUCCCAAUUGAGAUGUUGUGGCAGGACGUGAAACGAGCAGUUCUGCAUGGAAGAGUGGGCCAAAAUUCCUCCACAGCGACGUGAGAGACUGAUCAACAACUACAGGAAGCAUUUGGUUGGAGUCAAUGCAGCUAAAGGUGGCACAACUAGUUAUUGAGUGUAAAGGGGCAAUUACUUUUUCACACAGGGGAAUUGGGUGUUGCAUAACUUUGUUUAUGAAAUAAAUAUGUAAUUGUUGUGUUAUUUGUUCACUUAUGUUCCCUUUAUCUAAUAUUAGGUUUUGGUUGAAGAUCUGAUAACAUUCAGUAUCACAAAUAUGCAAAAGUAGAGAAAAUUAGAAAGGGGGCAAAUACUUUUUCAUAGCACUGUAUAUUUUUGCUCUUCCAAGUGCUCAAUUGUUUUAUUUACAUUGUCAGGCCAUCCUUUUAAUUCACACAAUAUUUGUUCUCUCUCUCUCUCUCUAUUCUUUAUCUUGUUUUCCUUUGUCUCUGCAGAGCCUUUGGUGUAUAAAUCCACCAUAUGUGACGAAGGCUGGGCCCCUUGGAACAUGUUCUGUUACAAGCUGGUGAAGGAUAAACCAAAGGGGUUUGCUCAGGCCGAGGAGUACUGUAAGGUCAUCGGAGGAGGCCUGGCUAGUCUACACAGCCUGGACAGCAUGGAGAUGAUCAGCACUCAGUUCCAUGCAGGUACACUACACACUCAGAGAAACCAACCCCAAUUAUCAUGUAUGGCAUAGUCUUGCCCUGAGGCAUGGCUAUAGACUUCUAGUGAUAGGUAGCAGUCAUGACUCAAGGUAAGGCAUUAUAGUGCUUACACUAGGCAUCUAAAGCAUUUUACAGUGGAAUACUGUUAGAUAACAUCGGUUCGGUUGUGCUGUGUGUGGAAGACAUGCCAUUGGUCAGAGAUGCGUACAUAGUUGAAAUGCUAUGUUAUCUUCUGUGAGAGGCUUUGGCUGUUUAUGUAUGUUCGGUCAUCAGAAUCACUCAGUCAAUCAAUGAUCAAGCUGCUGUACAGUAGUUAAAUGGAGUGUUAUGUUGUGGUGGUCUCCUGUAAGAUGGUGUGUUGGACGUGUGGAUCGGUCUGAUGGGGACAGGGAACCCAGCCAUCCUUCUCUGGGCUGAUGAGACCCCAGUCUCCUUCACCUACUGGGGCAGGACUCAGCCUGUCCAACCCUCAGGAGACUCUGGCUGCGUCUUCUACUCUGGAAAGGUGUGUGUUGUGCGUGUGUGUUCAUUCUUGCUUGGCUACUUUUGGAUAUGUUGUAACAUUAGCUUUGACAGGCUAACAAUUUGCUAAGAAAUAGACAGCAGGUCCCAUUGCUCACUUAAUGCAUUAACUUGACAUUGUACUCAUAGCAGACCUUAAAUCAAACAUUUAAAUGUUGGGCAUUACAACCCCUAUAGGAAGUCUAUGUACUGUAUCUCUAGACCCAUGCCUUCAUCUCCUUCCUCUGUUGUCCAGUCUCAUGGCUGGAGCGUUGGGAGCUGUAACCAGAAGCUGCCUUUCAUGUGUCAGAAGAAAGGAGAGGUGAAUGAGUCUCCUACGGCAGGAUGUCCUAAAGGGGUAAGCAUUGUUCCCCAGCCCCAACCUCCUCUUCCCAGGACAAGCUGUACCUUAUCGAGUUUGUUGAGCUCUUUUGAUUGAUUUCAUUUGUUUGAUUUAUUCAUUUUGUUUUCAUUUCUGAGGACAAACAACAAACGACGUCUAGCUGUAGAGUAACAGUUCAAUUAUGAUUUAUUUCAUUUAUUGGUUUUGUUGACAUUUCUUCCCCUUCUUAAAGGACUGGAGGAGACAUGGGAACUCGUGCUACAAAGUCAUCCCUAAAGACGUGUCGUUCAAGGACAGGUGUGACCUCACCAUAAACAACAGGUACAGUCAUUCUUCCUUUUAACUCUUUCUUUUCCAGUCACUGGAACGUAAACGCUGUAUUUCUGAGAAAUUGCCUUGGAAGGGUGCCAAAACCCAACAGCAUCCCACAUUAACUCUCAACACUCAAUGUUGCCGCUCUAAUCGUCUUGUUCCCUCUUGUAUAGGUGUAAGGUCAAAAGUAGUGCACUAUAUAUAGAAUAGGGUGCCAUUUGCAGGCUCAAUCCUUCUUCAAUGUGUUCUCCACAGGUUUGAGCAGGCCUUUCUCAAUAGACUCCUUGGAGAAGAGAUCAACAUAAAGACCCAGUAUUUCUGGACUGGUCUCCAGGACAUAAAGGCUACAGGGGAGUACCAGUGGGUCACUCAGGAAGGCUCGGGACCCAACGUCACAUACACCAACUGGGGCUGGUUUGAACCAGGUUAGUCCAGACUGGGAAGUACCGGUACUCUGUAUUUGGGUGAGGGUUAACCCUGUUGGGGUUUCAGUGAUGAGAAAUGGAGAGAAACACGUGGUGGGUGUGCGUGAGUUACGUGUGUUUACUUGUGUUACAUAUGUGUGUAUGUGAGUUACUUACGUGUGUGUGUGUGUGUGUGUGUGUGUGUGUGUUUCAGCCCUAGCAGGGGGUUGUGCAGUGAUGUCCACAGCCAAGCCUCUGGGUAAAUGGGUGGUAAAGAACUGCACCAUGUUUAAAGCUGGCUCCAUCUGUAAGAGAGACAUUGCCACACCACAGCCCCUAGACCCUGAGCCCGACCCUAACCUCCCCUGUCCUGACGGAUGGACAUCCAGGCCUGGUAUCUCCUACUGCUACAAGGUGUGUGUAGGCCUGUGUGUGUCCUUGAAAUGAAUGACGCAGAUCCAGUUUACUUCACUCUGCAGCAUGUGUCCAUUCACUGAGCCUUCGUGACCUUGUUGGUUUAAGUUACUGUAUCCUUGCACAUGAAAGUCUCAUGAUGACACGAUUGCGGUAUGUUAGUGUGUUAUAACACAUUACUGUAGGGUGUUGGUGUGUUUGGUAACAGUGGUAAUGCUGUGUCAGGUGUUCCACGAGGAGAGGCUGAGUCGUAAGCGGUCCUGGGAGGAGGCAGAGAGGUUCUGUGAGGCCCUGGGGGCCCAUCUACCCAGCUUCAACCACCCAGAGGAGAUGAAAGCCCUGCACUAUGUUAUGAGAGACUCCAUCAGGUAGGGGCCCUCGCACACACACACACGCUGCACACAGUACUCCCGCAUACACUCGCACGCACACACAGCGAUAGCACACAAACUCAAACACAGGAGUCAGACUGGUCUAGCCACCUCAACGAAAGAAUGCUAAUGAUGUUUAUAACCACAUUCCAACAACAGCAACUUAAUGCCUGCUUUAUACAGGGCACAUAUACACACCACACUGCCAUAUCUCUUAUAUGUCAGAGCUUACACACUGCUCUAGAUCCCACCACUCUAACUGGCACAAACACCCACCACAGUUACCACACACAUCUGUGUUUUCAAAUUCACACAGGAUCAUCAUCUGUAUGCUAAAGUGAGCUGAUUCCUGUCAAUAGUAAAAAGUAUGGUACACAUCCUGUUCUGCAGGGGGAAGGUGCAUUCACUAGCAACAGGAUACUUAAGACACUGGUAGAUUGUUUAAACACUGCCAUUGAGCCGAUUUAAAAAAUACAAAUAUAUAUGUGAGAAUUAUGUUUGUUAACAGUGUUUGUGUCCUGUCUGUCUCAGUGAUGACCGGUUCUUCUGGGUGGGGCUGAACAGGAGAAACCCAGCUGCUGGUUCCUGGGAGUGGAGCGACAACAGGCCUGUGAGUAGAGGAAAAAAACAUCAUACCUCUGUGUGUAACUCCCAUAGAGAUACUAUAAUGAUAAUAUUUAUGUUGUGAUUCAUCCAAAGGUGUCCAUGGCCAUUUUCCCCCAAGAGUUCCAUGAGGAUGAUGAGUACAACCGGGGCUGCACAGCCUUUAAGGUGGGUUGGUUCAGAUGGUGGAAUAAAGCCUUAACACAGCAUAACAGCUGCUGGUCAUGGGAGAUGUCACUACUUAAACCCGCCCACAUUCUGUGGUCAUGUCAGCUUCUUCCUACAUCACAUGCUCCAUUAUAGAGCUCCCUCUCCCUACCUGUGAAGUGGCUACAUCUCUUGCACUAUCAUUACAAUCAGUCAGGCAUUAUCAUCAGGUCUAGGAGUUUUACUAUCUAUAAAGACCACUCCGCCAAGGGUACAGAAACAUUUUUGCGAUGAAUAUCUGUCUACAGUUGUAAUGUCAUAUCUCAUGUCGAUGUUGAAAUACCAGUAUGUAUCAUGGCUUGUCGUCUUGAAACAAAUGUAUCUUUCUCUCUCUCUUUAACCAGACACUGAAAGGAACCUUUAGGAGUUUAUUUGUCUUCCUGAUGCAUGAAUUCCCUCCUCUGCCGUUCUACGCCACCCCCUUCCACUGUGACGCUAGGCUGGAGUGGGUCUGCCAGAUCCCCCGCGGUAACCACACACACACACAGGCCAUGUGAUUGUGAACGUGUCAUAGCUCCUCUUUAGUUUCAACUCAAAGGCGUUUCUUGUGUAGUGUCUGCUUGUCCCACGUUGAACUGUUUGGCCAACAUAAACAGUCCUCUGUCUAUUUUUCCAUGAAAUCAAAACCUAAUUUAGGAAUCAGAGUUUGGGGAACUGUUUGGUGACCUUUACACUUUCAAUCUUGCAUUUUCAAAGUUGAAAAUAACUGUUUGUUUGUUCAUCUCGAAAUAGGCAAAACUCCCAAGAGCCCAAAGUGGUACAAUCCUGGUAAGUGGUGUUGACAUGUAGGUUUGGUAAUAUUUCUUGACUUUUUCUGACGAAAUUAUACACCAAUGUAUGAUAAGCCAUCAGUUAAGAAGUAUGAGCUGAGUUUUUUUUUUUAUAUUGAAGGAGUUUUGGGUCCUAAAAAUAGGAUGGGGGAAUAAUGGCAUUGAUCUGUUGCAGGUGGGCACCAUGAGACGUCCAUAUUCAUUGAUGGUAACGAGUUCUGGUUUGUGACGGAACCAAAGCUGCCAUACGAGGAGGCUAGUCUGUACUGCAACAGUAACGGCAGCAAGCUGGCGGCACCACGAAGCUUCAACGCAGCCAGACAGAUCCAUAUGAAUCUGCCACAGGUACAGUAGAGUGCAAUUACAGUACCGUGGUCAACAAACCAUACACCAUAACUUUUUUCCAGACUUACUCUACGGUAUAAGCCCAGCUAGUAUAAGAAACGGUUUAAAGCUGGAAUCCAUAAUAGUGUAACUUCCACGUUCGUUUGCAAUAUUACAACAACAAAGAAGUUACUUCAAACAAUGAACACUGUUUUUUUUCCCCCCACUGACAUCAUUGCACGCACGAUAGAACAGCAGAGUAUGUAGAGCGAUUUUUAUUUUAAACCACGAUGCUGGAUGUUCCUCUCCUCCGUUUCAUCGACAGAACAAAAACAAUAACGUACUGGGGGCGAACAGUGGCGCUGUUUGCGCUUAUGCAGAUGUCAGCUUUAAGGCUAGUAUAUCAAGCUUGAUUGUAAUUAAUAUAGAGCAGCAAUGGAUAGAAGGAGGGAGAGAAAGUAGGUGGCCACUGAACUAUCCUAAUAAAAUGAAGACAACAUUGAUAAAGCGAGAGAGCACUGUGUGUGAGAGAGCAGAAAGGAGUGGCUUUGUUCUGUCCUUGUGUUUAUUUAUUCAUUAUUUGAUUUGUGACCUGAUUGGGCAGAUGCCAGCAGGGAAGCAGAGCUGGUGGGCGGAUGUAAGAGACGCUGGACACUACUUCCCCAUGAGGUGAGUGACACAGUCACGCAGUCACAUGACAAGUCACACCUCACCAACCAACAACGACCCCCUGACACGGUCACACAUUAACAGCAGCACACAUUCUUAUACACUGGCUCCAAAACAUGUCUUGUGAUCAAAUUUGUGUUGAGUUUAACAUGAAAACAUGUAACAAAAUUCAGUCAUAUAUAAGUACAGUGCCUUGCAAAAGUAUUCAGCCCCCUUGGCAUUUUUCCUAAUUUGUUGCAUUACAACCUGUAAUUUAAAUUGAUUUUUAUUUGGAUUUCAUGUAAUGGACAUACACAAAAUAGUCCACAUUGGUGAAGUGAAAUGAAAAAAAAAUUACUUGUUUCAAAAAAUUCAAAAACAUAAAUAACGGAAAUGUGGUGCGUGCAUAUGUAUUCACCCCCUUUGCUAUGAAGCCCAUAAAUAAGAUCUGGUGCAACCAAUUACUUUCAGAAGUCACAUAAUUAGUUAAAUAAAGUCCAUAUUUCCGCAACUUUGAACAUCCCAUGGAGCACCAUUAAAUCCAUUAUAAAAAAAUUGAAAGAAUAUGGCACCACAACAAACCUGCUAAGAGAGGGCCGCCCACCAAAACUCACGGACCAGGCAAGGAGGGCAUUAAUCAGAGAGGCAACAAAGAGACCAAAGAUAACCCUGAAGGAGCUACAAAGCUCCACAGCGGAGAUUGGAGUAUCUGUCCAUAGGACCACUUUAAGUCGUAUACUCCACAGAACUGGUCUUUACGGAAGAGUGGCCAGAAAAAAGCCAUUGCUUAAAGAAAAAAAUAAGCAAACACGUUUGGUGUUUGCCAAAAGGCAUGUGGGAGACUCCCCAAACAUAUGGAAGAAGGUACUCUGGUCAGAUGAGACUAAAAUUGAGCUUUUUGGCCAUCAAGGAAAACGCGAUGUCUGGCGCAAACCCAUCACCUCUCAUCACCCCGAGAACACCAUCCCCACAGUGAAGCAUUGUGGUGGCAGCAUCAUGCUGUGGGGAUGUUUUUCAUCGGCAGGGACUGGGAAACUGGUCAGAAUUGAAGGAAUGAUGGAUGGCGCUAAAUACAGGGAAAUUCUUGAGGGAAACCUGUUUCAGUCUUCCAGAGAUUUGAGACUGGGACGGAGGUUCACCUUCCAGCAGGACAAUGACCCUAAGCAUACUGCUAAAGCAAGACUUGAGUGGUUUAAGGGGAAACAUUUAAAUGUCUUGGAAUGGCCUAGUCAAAGCUCAGACCUCAAUUGAGAAUCUGUGGUAUGGCUUAAAGAUUGCUGUACACCAGCGGAACCCAUCCAACUUGAAGGAGCUGGGGCAGUUUUGCCUUGAAGAAUGGGCAAAAAUCCCAGUGGCUAGAUGUGCCAAGCUUAUAGAGACAUACCCCAAGACACUUGCAGCUGUAAUUGCUACAAAAGGUGGCUCUACAAAGUAUUGACUUUGGGGGGGUAAAUAGUUAUGCACGCUCAAGUUUUCUGUUUUUUUGUCUUAUUUCUUGUUUGUUUCACAAUAAAAAAUAUUUUUGCAUCUUCAAAGUGGUAGGCAUGUUGUGUAAAUCAAAUGAUAAUUUUAAUUCCAGGUUGUAAGGCAACAAAAUAGGAAAAAUGCCAAGGGGGGUGAAUACUUUCGCAAGCCACUGUAAUGUUAUUGUGUGUAUUGGUUAGAAUAAGAGUGAAUUACUUUUUACUCCUGUCUUCUAGGUUCCCCCAUAUGCGAUACUACCAUGCUGAGUUCCUGGGCAGGUGUACAACCAUCAGUGACGUGAACUUCUUCCCAGGUGAAUGAAAACGUAACUACAGUACAAAGAGUAGUUGAAAUCAAGUUGGUUACUUUAGAUCAUGUAGAAAGGAUUAUAAUGUAGGCUGUUGGUUACUUUGACACUUCCCACUGGUCACACACUGGUUGAAUCAACAUUGUUCAGCGUAAUUUGUCAACGUAUUGUGACGUGGAAUCAAGGUGGAAAAUACAUUAGAUUUGAAAAAAGUAAUCAACCAGUACUGUUUUAAUCUGAUUUCAAACAGUUUUGUAAACAUUGAAAUUAGGGGAAAACUUCCACUUAAAUACAUUGACUUAACCUGACAAUGUAAUUUUAAGACAUGCUAACCUCUCACCAUUACAAUGACAGGGGAGGUUUGCAUUUUGGGGGGGGGGGGGGGGUGUAUGAUACUUGUGCAUCUAACUUUCUCACUCAUCAUUAUUCAUGAUUAAUUUAGGAUUAUCCGUAAUCAUGGUAGCAACCACAUUAAUGUAGAAGUGUUUAGAAACAUAUUAUAUUCUUAUUUACAAUACAAGUGACUCCAAAAUGACACAAUACAAUAUUUACCAUUCAUUUUUAUUGGGCACAAAAUAAUCUGACACAAAUCCAAAACAAACAGUAAAUGCAUCCAACCAAUUUGUAGAGUCACAAGCUUGAUCUAGUCAUUACAUGCUAUGAAUAUGGGACCAAAUACUUCACUUUUUACUACUUUAAUACACAUACAGUGGGGAGAACAAGUAUUUGAUACACUGCUGAUUUUGCAGGUUUUCCUAAUUCCAAAGCAUGUAGAGGUCUGUAAUUUUUAUCAUAGGUACACUUCAACUGUGAGAGACAGAAUCAAAAACAAAAAUCCAGAAAAUCACAUUGUAUGAUUUUUAAGUAAUUAAUUUGCAUUUUAUUGCAUGACAUAAGUAUUUGAUCACCUACCAACCAGUAAGAAUUCCGGCUCUCACAGACAUGUUAGUUUUUCUUUAAGAAGCCCUCCUGUUCUCCACUCAUUACCUGUAUUAACUGCACCUGUUUGAACUUGUUACCUGUAUAAAAGACACCUGUCCACACACUCAAUCAAACAGACUCCAACCUCUCCACAAUGGCCAAGACCAGAGAGCUGUGUAAGGACAUCAGGGAUAAAAUUGUAGACCUGCACAAGGCUGGGAUGGGCUACAGGACAAUAGGCAAGCAGCUUGGUGAGAAGGCAACAACUGUUGGCGCAAUUAUUAGAAAAUGGAAGAAGUUCAAGAUGACGGUCAAUCACCCUCGGUCUGGGGCUCCAUGCAAGUUCUCACCUCGUGGGGCAUCAAUGAUCAUGAGGAAGGUGAGGGAUCAGCCCAGAACUACACGGCAGGACCUGGUCAAUGACCUGAAGAGAGCUGGGACCACAGUCUCAUAGAAAACCAUUAGUAACAAACUACGCCGUCAUGGAUUAAAAUCCUGCAGCGCACGCAAGGUCCCCCUGCUCAAGCCAGCGCAUGUCAAGGCCCGUCUGAAGUUUGCCAAUGACGAUCUGGAUGAUCCAGAGGAGGAAUGGGAGAAGGUAAUGUGGUCUGAUGAGACAAAAAUAUAGCUUUUUGGUCUAAACUCCACUCGCCGUGUUUGGAGGAAGAAGAAGGAUGAGUACAACCCCAAGAACACCAUCCCAACCGUGAAGCAUGGAGGUGGAAACAUCAUUCUUUGGGGAUGCUUUUCUGCAAAGGGGACAGGACGACUGCACCGUAUUGAGGGGAGGAUGGAUGGGGCCAUGUAUCGCGAGAUCUUGGCCAACAACCUCCUUCCCUCAGUAAGAGCAUUGAAGAUGGGUCGUGGCUGGGUCUUCCAGCAUGACAACGACCCGAAACACACAGCCAGGGCAACUAAGGAGUGGCUCCGUAAGAAGCAUCUCAAGGUCCUGGAGUGGCCUAGCCAGUCUCCAGACCUGAACCCAAUAGAAAAUCUUUGGAGGGAGCUGAAAGUCCGUAUUGCCCAGCGACAGCCCCGAAACCUGAAGGAUCUGGAGAAGGUCUGUAUGGAGGAGUGGGCCAAAAUCCCUGCUGCAGUGUGUGCAAACCUGGUCAAGACAUACAGGAAACGUAUGAUCUCUGUAAUUGCAAACUAAGGUUUCUGUACCAAAUAUUAAGUUCUGCUUUUCUGAUGUAUCAAAUACUUAUGUCAUGCACUAAAAUGGGGGGGACUAUGUACAAAACGUGCUGUAAUUUCUAAAAGGUUCACCCGAUAUGGAUGAAAAUGGUGGUCCUCUGUAGCUAAAUUGGUAGAGCACGGCGCUUGAUUCCGUCUCUCACGGUUGAAGUGUACCUAUGAUCAAAAUUACAGACCUCUACAUGCUUUGUAAGUAGGAAAACCUGCAAAAUCGGCAGUGUAUCAAAUACUUGUUCUCCCCACUGUAAGUGAAUUUGUCUCAAUACUUUUGGGCCCCUAAAAUGGGGGGGGGGGGGACUAUGUACAAAACGUGCUGUAAUUUCUAAAAGGUUCACCCGAUAUGGAUGAAAAUGGUGGUCCUCUGUAGCUCAAUUGGUAGAGCACGGCGCUUGAUUCCGUCUCUCACGGUUGAAGUGUACCUAUGAUCAAAAUUACAGACCUCUACAUGCUUUGUAAGUAGGAAAACCUGCAAAAUCGGCAGUGUAUCAAAUACUUGUUCUCCCCACUGUAAGUGAAUUUGUCUCAAUACUUUUGGGCCCCUAAAAUGGGGGGGGGGGACGACGACUAUGUACAAAACGUGCUGUAAUUUCUAAAAGGUUCACCCGAUAUGGAUGAAAAUGGUGGUCCUCUGUAGCUCAAUUGGUAGAGCAUGGCGCUUGUAACGCCAGGGUAGUGGGUUCGAUCCCCGGGACCACCCAUGCAAAAAUGUAUGCACACAUGACUGUAAGUCGCUUUGGAUAAAAGCGUCUGCUAAAUGGCAUAUUAAAAUACCCUCAAAUUAAAGCUGACAGUCUGACUUUAACCUCAUAGUCAUUGUAUAAUUUCAAAUCCAAAGUGCUGGAGUACAGAGCCAAAACAUUUGUCAGUGUCCCAAUACUUUUGGAGCUCACUGUAUGUCAUUCAUUAUAUACAAUAGGCCCUGUAUACUAUCCCAGUAGAAGAUCUCCUUUAAGUGUUGAUAUUUGGUUGCGUUCUCAAUUCAAUAUCCAGUUUGUCUACAAAUUAAUGAUUGAUAUGUUGGAUUAUUUUAUUCACCAAAAAUCUAACAUAAGAAUAGCACUAAAUCAAACUUCAAAUAAAGUUUGAUUUGAUUUAGUCCCAUUCUUGAAUUUAGAUUUUUGGUUGAGAUGGAGAUGUGAAUCCAACAUAUUAACUUGUAGAUUUAAUUUGCAAUCAACCAACCAUUCUUCAUAUACAAUUAAAUAUCGAAUGGUAAAAGUCAUGAAUAUCAUGAAUUUGGCAUCGUAUUUAUAGAGCUAAUGGUAACUGCUUCUAAACUUCUAAAUGUGUUGUGUUUCCAAAGCUAAACAGGGUACAUAGAGGUAGGCAUCUGGAUUGUAGACUCGUUCUCACUGAAGUGCAUUACCCCUCAUAUACCAGUAGGAGUCACUGUCCAGGCAGAAAUUGGUGGACUAUGGCUUCACAUUUUAUUUCAAUAUACCUCUUUAUUUAGGUUGAUAUUGAAACAAUGGUGUUGAUUCAAACAUACCAUUUUACUAUAAACAUUGAAACAAGGUCAAAUAAAUUAUGUCUAAUCAAAUCUAAAUUUCAACAAUUUCAACCACCCAAUAUACUGUAUAUUGAAUAUAGGAAUUUCAAUGUAUACGUCAAUUUACUUCUGAUGAUUAUGUCAAUUAGAUUGAUGUAACAACCUGUUAGUCAGGUUAAGUAAAUGUAUUUAUACUGAACAAAAAUACAAACACAACAUACAACAAUUUUAAAGAUUUGACUGAGUUGCAGUUCAUAUUGAAAUCAGUCAAUUGAAAUAAAUUCAUUAGGCCCUAAUCUAUGGAUUUCACAUGUCUGGGAAUACAAGUAUGCAUCUGUUGGUCACAGAUACCUUUUAAAAAAGUCAGUAUCUGGUGUGACCACCAUUUGCCUCAUGCAGCGCGACACAUCUCCUUCGCAUAGAGUUGAUCAGGCUGUUGUAUGUGGCCUGUGGAAUGUUUCCCACUCCUCUUCAAUGGCUGUGCGAAGUUGCUGGAUAUUAUCGUGAACUGGAACACGCUGUUGUACACGUCGACCCAGAGCAUCCCAAACAUGCUCAAUGGGUGACAUGUCUGGUGAGUAUGCAGGCCAUGGAGGAACUGGGACAUUAUAAGCUUCCAGAUCCUUGCGACAUGGGGCAGUGCAUUAUCAUGAGCCUCAGGAUCUCGUCACGGUAUCUCUGUGCAUUCAAAUUGCUAUCGAUAAAAUGCAAUUGUGUUCGUUGUCCGUAGCUUAUUCCUGCCCAUACCAUAACCCCAACGCCACCAUGGGGCACUCUGUUCACAACACUGACAUCAGCAAACACUGACACCGCUCGCCCACACAACGCUAUACACAUGGUCUGCGGUUAUGAGGCCUGUUGGACGUACUGCUAAAUUCUAUAAAACGACGUUGGAGGCGGCUUAUGGUAGAGAAAUUAAACUUCAAUUAUCUGGCAACAGCUCUAGUGGACAUUCCUGCAGUCAGCAUGCCUAUUGCACACCCCCUUAACUUGAGACAUCUGUGGCAUUGUGUUGUGUGAUAAAACUGCACAUUUUAGAGUGUGUUUUAUUGUCCCCAGCAUAAAGUGCACCUGUGUAAUGAUCAUGCUGUUUAAUCAGCUUCUUGAAAGGCCACACCUGUCAGGUGGAUGGAUUAUCUUGGGAAGGUCGAAAUGCUCACUAACAGGGAUGUAAACAAAAUUGUGCACAACAUUUUAGAGAAAUAAGCUUUUUGUGCAUAUUGAACAUUUCUGGGAUCUUUUAUUUCUGCUCAUGAAACAUGGGACAAACACUGUUGCAUUUAUAUUUUGCGUUUAUAUUUUUGUUCAGUGUAAGUUGAAGUUUUACCCUCAUUUCAAUGCUUAAAAUGCUGGUUGAAAUUUGAUGAAAACUGUACUGGUUGAUUACUAUUUUCAAAUCCAAUAUGAUGACAAAUUACAUUGAAACAAUGUUGAUUCAACCAAUGUGUGCCCAGUGAGUUGUUACCUUUUUAUGGUUCAAAUGUGACCGGUCACACACACUCACUCACACGCACUCCUGCCCCUCCAGAGUACGAGUACAGCUGUGAGCUGCAGCUGCCAUUCGUGUGUGAGAGACACAACACCACGGCUAUAGAGACCCACCCUGGAGAGCCUCACCCCAAUGGUCUGCCCUGUGAGAGCGGCUAUUUACGCUUCAGGGAUAAGGUCAGUCUGUCGUACACACACACACACACACACACUGGAGCCUGGUGUCACUGGACGGUCAUAUAGGAACGGCUGGAAUGGAACGGUAUGAAACAUAUGGAAACCAGUUGUGAUACUGUUUAAUUCGUUCCAUUCCAGCCAUAACAAUGAGCCCAUCCUCUGAUUUAGUCUACAUACAGGUACAUUCUGUGUAGUGAUUUAUUUAAGCAAUAAGGCCCGAGGGGGUGUGGUAUAUGGCCAGUAUACCACGACUAAGGGCUGUUCUUACGCACAACGCAACGCAGAGUGCCUGGAUACAGCCCUUAGCCGUGGUAUAUUGGUCAUAUACCAGAAACCCCCGAGGUGCCUUAUUGCUAUUAUAAACUGGUUACCAACGUAAUUAGAGCAGUUAAAGUAAUUGUUUCGUCAUACCCGUUGUUUACGGUCUGAUAUACCACGGCUGUCAGCCAAUCAGCAUUCAGGGCUCAAACCACCCAGUUUAUAAUAAUUGUUAUUGAAUGUUGUCGUUGCCUUUUCCAGUGCUACGUGGUGAUCAGGCCUCUGUACGUUACUUUUCAACACGCCAACGAGCAGUGUCAGUCGAUGAAAGGAACUCUACUCACUAUCACAGACCAAGUUGAACAGGGUGAGUAGUAAACCUUCUAGUGGAUCUCUUUUACCUAUGUCUUUUUAUUCAUCAUGCUUGUCAAUAGACAACCUUCCAUUCUCCUAGACAUGAGAUGACCAAUGAUUGAUGUCCCUUCAAUGUCAGUCUUAACCAGCGGUUGUUGACUAGUUGCGCCUAUCUGUUUGUUGUGUUCAGACUUUGUGACCUCCCUGUUGCCGGAGCAGCCACAGAAGACAUGGAUUGGCCUGAAGCUCAAACAGCGGGACCCAGAGUGGGUGGAUGACUCCCCGGUCUCCUACCUCAACUUUAACCCCCUGCUUCACGGCCUACUCAGGCCCAUGCUCGUCAAUGUGAGUUCCCACUCACUUCACUUCUCAAUUGUAUUCAGUGUGGCAACAGGGAUCAAUGAGCUAUGAGUAGAGUUGAGUUAAAACAUACAAUUCCAUCAAACCGCAGGUAGCAUGUACAGUAAACAUACCUCUUUUCACAUUCAACUGAAAUCAUAGAAUAGUUUUACUGUAAAAAUACCAGUUACACUCCCCUCAUAGGCAGUUGGUCAGAAUCAGGGGUGUAAGUAAGCCGGAAUAGUGGGGUACCCCAUACCGGUAAAACAUGAGCCUAUCACAAUAAUUAAAACAGAUUUUAAGAACUGUAGGCACUUUAUUUGUUUUUAGGGGGUAGAUCAGCUUUAAUAUUUCAAAUAGAUUGUAACUUCCAUCAAUGUAAUCGUCUGCAUCAUUUCCAAUCCCCCAAAUAUAUUUUUUGUAAAUAUAUACAGUACCAGUCAAAAGUUUGGACACACCUACUCAUUCAAGGGUUUUUCUUAAUUUUUUUACUAUUUUCUACAUUUUAGAAUAAUAAUAUGAUUAGAUUCUUCAAAGUAGCCACCCUUUGCCUUGAUGAAAGCUUUGCACACUCUUGGCAUUCUCUCAACCAGUUUCAUCUGGAAUGCUUUUCUAACAUUCUUUAAGGAGUUCCCACAUAUGCUGAGCACUUGUUGGCUGCUUUUCCUUCACUCUGCGGUCCAACUCAUCCGAAACCAUCUCAAUUGGGUUGAGGUCGGGGGAUUGUGGAGGCCAGGUCAUCUGAUGCAGCACUCCAUCACUCUCCUUCUUGGUCAAAUAGCCCUUACACAGCCUGGAGGUGUGUUGGGUCAUUGUCCUGUUGAAAAACAAAUGAUAGUCCCACUAAGCGCAAACCAGAUGGGAUGGCGUAUCGCUGCAGAAUGCUGUGGUAGCCAUGCUGGUUAAGUGUGCCUUGAAUUUGAAAUAAAUCACAUACAGUGUCACCAGCAAAGCACCCCCACACCAUCACACCUCCAUGGUGGGAACCACACAUGCGGAGAUCAUCCGUUCACCUACUCUGCGUCUCACAAAGACACUGCGGUUGGAACCAAAAAUCUCAAAUUUGGACUCAUCAGACCAAAGGACAGAUUUCCAUCGGUCUAAUGUCCAUUGCUCGUGUUUCUUGGCCCAAGCAAGUCUCUUUUUCAUAUUGGUGUCCUUUAGUAGUGGUUUCUUUGCAGCAAUUCGACCAUGAAGGCCUGAUUCACGCAGUCUCCUCUGAACAGUUGAUGUUGAGAUGUGUCUGUUACUUGAACUCUGUGAAUUAUUUAUUUGGGCUGCAAUUUCUGAGGCUGGUAACUCUAAUUAACUUAUCCUCUGCAGCAGAGGUAACGCUGGGUCUUUCCUGUGGCGGUCCUCAUGAGAGCCAGUUUCAUCAUAGCGCUUGAUGGUUUUUGCGACUGCACUUGAAGAAACUUUCAAAGUUCUUGAAAUGUUCUUUAUUGACUGACCUUCAUGUCUUAAAGUAAUGAUGGACUGUUGUUUCUCUUUGCUUAUUUGAGCUGUUCUUGCCAUAAUAUGGACUUGGUCUUUUACCAAAUAGGGCUAUCUUCUGUAUACCCCCCCUACCUUGUCACAACACAACUGAUUGGCUCAAACGCAUUAAGAAGGAAAGAAAUUCCACAAAUUAACUUUUAAAAAGGCACAGCUGUUAAUUGAAAUGCAUUCCAGGUGACUACCUUAUGAAGCUGGUUGAGAGAAUGUAUCCCCCAUAUAAAUAACAUUCUAUUGGAAGCAAGAAUUUUGUAUAAUAAUUUAAAUUGAAAAAUGAUAUGUUUUGAAUCCGGCGUCGUUUUGCGUAUCAGUUCAUAAACACUAUGCUAUGGAAUCGGUACGUCAAAAACCUCUUCCCAACUAUUUUGCAAUCUAUAUGGGACGGCUGUCAAUCCUUUGAUCCUUAAAUGAAACUGGUAUACUUUUUUAUUUAUCACAAUUUUCUUUAACCAAUUAUGUUCUUUAAUGCAGGGCCAACAGACAAGUUCCUUACUUUUUCCCCCUUCCACUUUCCUCUUCCAUUUUUUGCGGUAAUGCUGCAAUUAUUUGGUUGUAAUUUUGGGUAGAGCAGACAUUUCCAUAUGUUUUUGUUAGCUGCAUGUGCGACAUAACUCCACCAGUCCUAUCUAUGAUAUCAUGGUAGAGCAUGGCGCUUGCAACGCCAGGGUUGUGGGUUCGUUUAACACGGGGGGGGCAGUAUGAAAAUGUAUGCACUCACUAACUGUAAGUCGCUCUGGAUAAGAGCGUCUGCUAAAAUGACUAAAAAUAAAAAAUAAGAUUAUACCUUUUUUAUACAUUUUUUCAAAAAAGUAUGUUUUUUUUAUCAAUUAGUAUAUUUGAGUUUAGCCACAAUAUUUGUUGCAUUAUUUGUUCUGUCGUUUCUGGAGGAUUAAAUUGAAAUUGCAACCAACUUUCUAUGGCUUGUUUUAGAAAUAUUGAUAUUUGGGAGAUAAUUUCCUUUUCAAAUAACUGAAAGUGAGAGGUUGUAAUCUGAAUAAAGGGAAAAAGGCCAUUCUUGAACAUGGGGUGAGACAAUCUUACUAAUUUGCUAGAGAACCAGUUCGGAUUUAAGUAUAACUUUUGUAUGACUGAAGCUUUUAGUGAUAGGUCUAAUGCUUUAAUAUUUAAUCAUUUCUGUCCUCCGAAUUCAUAUUAAUUAUAUAAAUAGGCCCGUUUAAUUUUGUCUGGCUUGCCGUUCCAAAUAAAAUGGUAUAUUUUUUUCUCAUAUAAUUUAAAAAACUGUUCGCUAGGCGUAGGCAAGACCAUAAGCAAAUAGGUAAACUGGGAUAAUACUAAAGAGUUAAUCAGGGUGAUUUUUCCACAAAUAGACAGGUAUUCACCUUUCCAUGGUAGCAAUAUCUUAUCUAUUUUUGCUAACAUUCUAUUAAAAUGUAUUGGAGUGUUAUCAUUUCUUUCUUUCGGGAUAUGUAUACCGAGUAUGUCCACAUUAAUGUAAAAGUUGUAUUUUUUAGUGAUCCAAUACGUAAUAUAGUAUACUUAUCAUAAUUUGGUUUUAAUCCAGAGAGGUUAGAAUAAUUAUCUAGAUCCUCUAUGAGGCUGUGGAGGGAUCCAAAUUGUAGAUUUAAAAGAAAACAUGAAUCAUCAGUGUACAAUGACACCUUUGUUUUUAAGCCCUGGAUUUCUAACCCCUUAAUAUUAUUGUUGGAUCUGAUUUUAACAGCUAACAUUUCGAUUGCAAUAAUAAAUAGAUAUGCUGAUAGUGGACAACUUUGUUUUACUCUUCUUGACAGUUUAAAAUUUUCGGAGAAGUAGCCAUUAUUUACUAUUUUACACAUAGGGUUACCAUACAAAACUUUAACCCAUUUUAUGAGAGAUUCUCCAAAAUUGAAAUAUUCCAGACAUUUAUAUAUAAACUCAAGUCGUACUUUAUCAAAGGCCUUUUCAAAGUCAGCUAUGAAUACCAGGCCUGGUUUGCCAGAUUUGUUAUUUUUGCUGUAAAAUUUGCGAAUAGACUUGAAAACUUGUGGAAUACGCUUCAAAAUGCGGUGUGGUUCGAUGAUAACACUGACAUUUUGCCAUGGCAGAGAUGAGGCCGAGACCGAGAAACGCGUGGACAGCAGUGUACGCAUCAAUUCAGAUUAGAAGACUGUUGUAGGCCUAAUGAAUGACAAUCACAGAAUGCCAUUCAUAACACUUUUUGCUGUUUUGUAAGUGGUCUCUUUGCAUUUAUCAAAUGGCAUUGUAUGGAUGCCGGAAUUUAAGUUGCCCAAUAGUUGGAAUAAUAACUGAAGUCUGGAAAAUGAUGGUAGGCCUCUCAUGUAGCCUAUUAUAAUAUUAACUCCUUCAGAAUUAAGUGUUCCUCACAGUAAAAUGAUAGACAAAAUGUUAAUUUUGUCUUGGGAACAGGAGUGGAGAAAUAUGAGAAACCUGUUGUGUAGCCUAAACGUGCAAUUUCUUUCAGCGACAUAAAAGCUGACAGUAUUUCAUUUUCAACCACAUAAAAUAUGCAUCCAAGAUUAACUAAAAUACUAUCAGAAACAUGUUGGAUCGUUUUCACAGCUUUUCAUUUCCUGAAAACUGGUCAAACUGAGCAAAAAUCAAAGAGAAAACUUUACUGAUGUCAACUAGACUGUUGAUGAUGCAUUGAUCAUUCUAUCGAUUUAUGACAUUAUUCUGCUGGGAAAGGCUUUAUUUAGUAUUCUAAACAAUCAUCAAGUAAUGACAGAAGAGAAGCUGCAUGUAUCAAAUUAUAGACAAGUUGACUAACAAAUAGCCUACCAAAUGUAAAAAAUUAUAAGCAGAAAGAUAUCUACUUGAGGCAUAAUCUUAACCACUGGUGUGUGCAGGUAGUCUUUUUAAACAAAUGAUGGGACUGCAUAAACAUUACUAUGAUAGACUAUACUAAAUACCAGUCUCUAACGACGUUCCACAUCUGUUUCAAAGUUCAAGGUCAUCAUAACCUAUAACUAACUCUCUGUGUCCCUGUUGUUGUUGUUGUUGUGUCUGUCUGCAGCUCCAUGACCCAGAGAGCAUGGAGCUGUGUGUCUUCAUGUUCAACGACCCCAGCUCUGCUAUGAUGGGCUCCUGGGACUACACCUCCUGCUCUGACCAGCAGCAUGUGGCCAUCUGCCAGCACUACGCAGGUACACCACCGCCACCUGGCAGCAGAGGGCACCAAACACAACUCAUUAUCUGUGCUUAUCUGUCAGUGUUCACGAAAGAAUGGAUCAUGUGUGGACUCUACUGUCAGAAGGCUUCUGAUAGAAAGACUUGAUAUUAAGUGUAUUUUUUUUAUAUACGGAUAUUAAGUGUAUGAAGUAGACUGAUAUUAUUGAUACUUGUUACUUGAUAUUGCUACUGUUUUGAGGAGUAGAAAUUGAGCAUAUCAAAUAGGGUUUGAACCCUCGUCUGACCCCUUUAAAUCCCUCUCAUGUUCUCAGAUAAGCCAGAGGAGCCCCUGUUCCAGUUGGAGCAGUUCCAAGCCAACAACCACACCUUUCAGCUGGUUCAGAAGAACAUGACGUGGUUCGAGGCUCUGGAAGAGUGCAGGAACCAGAACAUGGACCUGGCCAGCGUAGCCGACACCCUACAGCAGUCGGUCCUCACCGUGCACGUCACCCGCGCAGGCAGCCCCAUGUGGAUCGGGCUCUUCAGCGAAGACGUAAGUGGCCAUAGCUCUUCACCCAAACCCGUUGGUGUUCGCAGAUCUAAAAGAAAGUGAUGGGAUUAAGGCAAUAUGGCAAAGCAAACAACCCAUAGCCCAUUGGAAGGCUAGGUGGAGCCAUCACCAUGUAGAAUAGGUCACACCUAUCCUGUUCCUUCAGAUCUGCAAACACUGAAGGAUAGUGGCUGAUUCAUAAUGACGAUUUCACAGAUGCUACAGUAGAGUUAUGUUUGUUCUUAAUUGACUUGCUUGGUUAAAUACAGGUUAAAUAAAUAAGGAACUCACUCAGCAUUUUGUAUUGUCAGGAUGGUGUCCACUACCGCUGGACAGACCACAGUCACACAGUGUUUAGUCGCUGGUCCUCAGAGCCCACCGUUGGACGCUGUGUCUUCCUGGACACGGAAGGCUUCUGGAAGGCUACAGAGUGUGAGGAACAGUUGGCAGGGGCUAUCUGCCAUGUUCCACACGGUAAGACAACAAUACAGUGGCUCAGUUGGUAAGAGCUGGGGUCUUGUAAUGUAAUGGUCAUGGGUUCAAUUCUCGCAAGGAUCACAUACCAAAAGUGUAUGCACUUUGGAUACAGUUUUCUUUUAAGUGGCAUAAGAAAACAAUACAGGAUGAAAAUCAACCAAGCACUCUCCUCAGACAGCAACUGUGUAUUUUGGCAGAAUUUUCUUUUUUAAAUGAAUGUUUUCAAUGUUUCCAGAAGAGACUAUUACCACCCCUGAGGACAUCGCUGUGAAAUGUCCUCACAAGAGCAGCGGGCCAAACUGGAUCCCCUUCAAGAACAACUGCUACACCUUCCAACUGGUAUCGUCCAGAUGGGAUGAGUUUGACAAGGGCCAGAUACAUCAGACAUGCAAGAAACUGGGUAAGGAGCAAGGACACCGUCUGGCACAAACAUCAGUCAGGAACCAUUUGUAUUGUGAAGACCUCCAUAAACAAGAUACAUAUUAGAAACAUCUCUUAUAGUCUCAAUUAGAAAUGUGAAAAAGGGGAGCGCUGCUUUGGCAUCAAAUAUGAAGACAAAGAGAGAUGCUCAUUGGAGAACGGGGUAUAACUUUUAGCGACCAAAUAAAGUUGCAGCUAUGUAAAAACAUCAUACUUUAAAAAAUCCAAUGCACUCUCUUGUGGAAAAGUAAAACAUAUUUUAUUUUAGCAGCUAUUGCAUAGCAAAAAAUCCUAACUCACCAACGCAUAUUGCUCACCGGCCUUCUUCAGGGUUCACAGGUGCACAGUAGUGAGCAGAAAUGAAAGGGGCGUGGACAAUAUUAACCAAUAGAUAAAGAGGAAAUACAUCAAAUACAAAUAAAUCAAUCAAUAAUAACUAUAGGCCAAUACAAUGUUUCACACAACUAAACAACUCAAGAUUAUUAUUAUUAUUAUUAUUACAAAUAUAAUUACAGAAGUAUAAUAACAAAAAAGGGGCUAAAUCUAUUUAAUAAUUCAACCCGGAAAGACAGUAGCUUUGAGUGUGUGUAUCCAGGAAGUUUCCCUUUGUAGAAGACACUUCAGCCUGUAAUCCCCCCUCUUGUUGAUGGAUGCCACCUCUAUGUGCGGGCUACCAUGGCCGGCUUGUUGGUAAUGCACAGCCAUGGGAUAAUUGUCACUCACUGUUUUGAUGGCAUAUUUAUGUUCUGCCAGUCUCGUUCUUUUAGCAUCCUUUUUGUGCGACCAAUAUAAAAACAACCACAUGUGCACUCCAACCUAUAAACAACAAACACAGUGUUGUAAUUCGCAAAAGAUUGGAUUUGGUAAGUUAUUUUCUUGUGUGUCAUUGAACGUCUUGUUUUUUUUAAAUGUUGGGGCAGUGGUUGCAGUGUCCGCACAGAAAGGUGCCAGUGGGUUUGGAAAGCCAGUUGGCUUUGGCUGGGGGGGGGAUUAGGUGACUGUGCACCAGCUUGUCCCGUAGGGUCGGCAGGCGUCUAUAAGAAAAGCAUGGAGGCUCGGUAAAAACUUCACCUUAAUGCAGGGUCACUUUCUAUGAUACUCCAAUUCAGUUUGAUAUUAUUUAUUUGAGAUGCCUCUCUGCUGUGCUGGGUAACAAAAUACAUUUGCUUUGACUUUUGGGGCCUUUGGUAUUGUCUGAGCAUAUUUUUUAUUUUCCAAGGAUUUAGCCUUAAUUAUGGAUUGAUUGAGAACACUUGACCUGUAUCUGUUGUUUAAACCAGCAACUUUAUUUUGGAAAUCCUCCUCCUUGUCACAAAUGCACCGUAGCCACUGUAAUUGACCCAUAUAAAUAUUUUCAAUGAGACCAGUAGAGUGAAAACUGUCUGCCCUUAGAAUGGUAUUACAGUCCAUAACUUUUCUAAAAAUGUGUGGAGUUGACCGUCUUGGGUUUUCGUGAUUUUCGGGGUUCUAUAUUCUUUAGCGAGUUUGAGAUUCUCUUUAAUAGAGUUCAUAUAUUUGUGGGACCAGGGGUGUCAUGCACCUCCAAGAUCUGAGGAUGGCUGGAGAAUUUUGCAUUUUUCGAACACCUGAAACAGCCUUUUCCUGCAAUCUAGAGCCAUAAACAUUAUGCUUAAUUCUAUGGAAGAAAUAUUGUAAUUAUCUGCAUAUCUAAGCAUUCCUCUUGAGCUGUCUGUAUCCUCCUGACUGGUGGUUAUUUUUUUAAAGAAACGAAAUAUGCUUCUCUGCUUCUCUGCUAAAAUAUGGGUAAAAGAUUGACAGGAAUGUGAGUCUUAUUUAGUAAUUGCUUGCUUUUCUAAAGUCUACCAACCUUGCCAGCAGGCAUGCCAGCUAAGAUAGUUAGACAAGCUAGCUACUCUAACUUGAUAGCCUGAAAUGGCUUCUUGGUACCUAGUUAUGAGGUGUGGAGAUUGGGUACCUAUCUCGGAUAGUUAAAGCCAAGUUCAUAAAAUUGCUAGGUGGCUAGGAGUAUUACAGUGAAACAACAACCACAACAACCAGAAGAAGAAAAAAAAAAAUCUAUAUAUUUUUUAAACAGGACAAAUUUGAGGGGGCACGUGCCCCCCUAUGGGCAUGACGCCUCUGUGUGGAACUGUAGCUGUUCAUUUUCAGAUGAUCGAAACACCAAAAUGAUGUCAUCUAUAUAUCUUCCGUACCACAUGAUUUUAUAAAAAAAUGUAUUAAGAGGACAAAAAAAAUGUCUCUCCUACCAUAGUCCUAAAAACACAUUUGCGUAGUUUGGUGCAAAACAGGCGGCCAUUGCUGUCCAUUUGACUUGUCUGUAGAGUUGGUCCUGAAAAAGAAAAAUUGUAUUGUUUAGUGUCCACUCUGUUAGAGAAAGUAUGUUGGGGGUGCGCUUCCCUCUGGCCUGAGUUGAAGAUAGUGUUUUAGAGCCUUGAGACCCUCACUGUGUACUAUAUUACUCUAAAAGGGUUCCACGUCCAUAGUCACAAGAAAAGAGGAGCCAAUGUUGUUUAACUCAGCUAAUUUGUUCAUUUGUGUGGGUGGUGUCUUGCAAAAAAUAAGGUAGUUCGGACACUAGAGGUUUAACAUAUUCUAUGGGAUUAAAUUGUAUUUUUUUUGCUAUGCAAUAGCUGCUAAAAUAAACUGAGUGUACAGUCAUUAAGAACAUAUUCCUAAUAUUGAGUUGCACCCCCUUUUGCCCUCAGAACAGCUUCAAUUUGUCAGGACAUGGACUAUACAAGGUGUUGAAAGCGUUCCACAGGGAUGCUGGCCCAUGUUGACUAGAAUGCUUCCAACAGUUGUGUCAAGUUGGCUGGAUGUCCUUUGGGUGGUGGACCAUUCUUGAUACAUACAGAAAACUGUUGUGUGAAAAACCCAGCAGCGUUGCAGUUCUUGACACAAACCGGUGCACCUGGCCUGGCACCCGGUUCAAAGGCAAUAUUUUGUCUUGCCCAUUCAGCCUCAAUGCUACACAUACACAAUCCAUGUCUCAAUUAUUAUUUAACCGGUCUCCUCCCCUUCAUCUACUCUGAUUGAAGUGGAUUUAACAAGUGACAUCAAUAAGGGAUUCACCUGGUCAGUCUAUGUCCUGGAAAGAGCAGGCAUUCUUAAUGUUUUGUAUAUUCAGUGUAAAGCCUUUUUAACUUUUCCACAAGAGAGAGUGCCUUGGAUUGUUUGAAGAGUGAUGUUUUUACAUAGCUGCAACUUCAUUUGGUCGCAAUAAGUCUCAAUUAGACUUUUAGAGAUGUUUUAAAAUUGACACUGAUGCCUGGUCAAAUAGACUUCAUAUGUGGUCUGACUGAAGGUGUUUAUUAAUUAAAUGUACUCACUGCUUAUGUAUGAGUAAUAAAGUAUUUAUGAAGUGUUACCGGUUUAUGUUCUUCUCAGCUGCUGAUGCAGACAUCCUGACCAUCAGGGACUUAGUGGAGAAUGAGUUUGUGAAGGAGCAGCUCCUUCCCUUCAAAGACCUGGUGCAGUUUGUCUGGCUAGGGGUGUUCAACGAUGACAACGGUGAGUGGACUGAACUGGGUUCCCCAUAUUCAUCUUCCCAACAUUCAGCAUGGACAGUUAGUGUGUCCUUAUGUUUGAGCCGCUGUUUGGACUUUCAUAUUAUCAUUUAUUGCCCUAUAUUAUGAGGAGACACUGAAUUGGACAUUGUAAAAUGUUCUCUGGAUCAUCAAGUCUUAAGCUUACUCACUGAUCAUUGCUGUAUUAUUGUGUGAUGAAAUGUGUAAACGUGUAGUACAUUUGUAAUGUCAAGUUGUUGUUCCUGUAUUUGGUAGAUAACCAGAUGAAGUGGUAUGAUGGCACCAACGUCCAGUACUCUAACUGGGGAGAUGGAAGACCAAGCAUCUCAGCCAGCGAUGAGUUCUUGGCUGGUCUCAACACUGAGGGAGUCUGGGAGAUAUUCACCAACAAACGCCACUUCAGUCCCUUCAAGCAGAGAAGCAUUGUGGCCUGCAAACUGGAUAAUGGUUGGUAGACCCCAUUCAGACAAACAUACAUUUCACCUAUUCACAAGGAAAAAUAUAUAUAUUUUUUACAACUAAAUAAUACAUUUUUCAUUUGAUUGUUUCUAUUAACACAAAUGUUUUCUUUGUCCCCAAGACUCUAAGGUCGAAUACAAUCAGUCGGCCAGGGACUUUGAGCGCUAUGGCAACCUGAGCUACCACCUGAUAACCAGGAAGUUGAGCUGGUUCCAGGCCCUGGAGGAGUGUGGCCGCGGCAACGGACACCUGGCCAGCGUGCAUGACACCGGGCACAAUGCUCACAUGGAGCUCAUCGCCAAGCGAGAUGGCUUCCCGCUGUGGAUCGGUCUGUCCAGUCAGGAUGUAAGGGAGCUUGGCCACAAUGCCACUAACACGGCGGCCAUUUCUAAUGAGAAUAACUUAAUCUUUUUGAGAAAUUUAGCUCAAAGCACUAAAUGGCAGGUAAACAUUCAAUGCUAAAUUUGCUAAGCACCUCCAGUGUGAAGUUUGUUGAAUAACAUUACAUCUCCCUCCCCUCUCUGCGCAGGCUAGUGGCUCUCAGUCCUAUGAGUGGUCCGAUGGGACUAAGUAUAACUACAGUCCGGUGGGACUCUCUGACACUGUGGGCAGGUCCAGCUCAGACCCUCAGGCUGUCUGUGUGUACAUCACUCCCCAUGGCACCUGGAUGAGCAAGGACUGCCAUGCCAAGAUGGACGGAGCCAUCUGCUACAACACCACCAUCACCACCCCCACUCAGAGUAAGACCCAGUCCUAGUACCUAGCCUAUUAGUAUUACAUCACCACCACCCCCACUCAGAGUAAGACCCAGUCCUAGUACCUAGCCUAUUAGUAUUACAUCACCACCAUCACCACUCAGAGUAAGACCCAGUCCUAGUACCUAGCCUAUUAGUAUUACAUCACCACCACCCCCACUCAGAGUAAGACCCAGUCCUAGUACCUAGCCUAUUAGUAUUACAUCAUCACCAUCACCACCCCCACUCAGAGUAAGACCCAGUCCUAGUACCUAGCCUAUUAGUAUUACAUCACCACCAUCACCACUCAGAGUAAGACCCAGUCCUAGUACCUAGCCUAUUAGUAUUACAUCACCACCAUCACCACUCAGAGUAAGACCCAGUCCUAGUACCUAGCCUAUUAGUAUUACAUCACCACCAUCACCACUCAGAGUAAGACCCAGUCCUAGUACCUAGCCUAUUAGUAUUACAUCAUCACCACCCUACUCAGAGUAAGACCCAGUCCUAGUACCUAGCCUAUUAGUAUUACAUCAUCACCACCCCCACUCAGAGUAAGACCCAGUCCUAGUACCUAGCCUAUUAGUAUUACAUCAUCACCACCCCCACUCAGAGGAAGACCCAGUCCUAGUACCUAGCCUAUUAGUAUUACAUCACCACCACCCUACUCAGAGUAAGACCCAGUCCUAGUACCUAGCCUAUUAGUAUUACAUCAUCACCACCCCCACUCAGAGUAAGACCCAGUCCUAGUACCUAGCCUAUUAGUAUUACAUCACCACCACCCCCACUCAGAGUAAGACCCAGUCCUAGUACCUAGCCUAUUAGUAUUACAUCACCACCAUCACCACUCAGAGUAAGACCCAGUCCUAGUACCUAGCCUAUUAGUAUUACAUCACCACCAUCACCACUCAGAGUAAGACCCAGUCCUAGUACCUAGCCUAUUAGUAUUACAUCAUCACCACCCUACUCAGAGUAAGACCCAGUCCUAGUACCUAGCCUAUUAGUAUUACAUCACCACCACCCCCACUCAGAGUAAGACCCAGUCCUAGUACCUAGCCUAUUAGUAUUACAUCAUCACCACCCCCACUCAGAGUAAGACCCAGUCCUAGUACCUAGCCUAUUAGUAUUACAUCAUCACCACCCCCACUCAGAGGAAGACCCAGUCCUAGUACCUAGCCUAUUAGUAUUACAUCACCACCACCCCCACUCAGAGUAAGACCCAGUCCUAGUACCUAGCCUAUUAGUAUUACAUCAUCACCACCCCCACUCAGAGUAAGACCCAGUCCUAGUACCUAGCCUAUUAGUAUUACAUCACCACCAUCACCACUCAGAGUAAGACCCAGUCCUACAGUCUUAGUACCUUUACUUAUUAGUAUUUAUUUAUUAUACACGCAACUUGAAUUAUUGUGUAAAGAAGACAUUGAUGUCAAUGAGAGAUCUGAGCAGACUUUUUUGCAUAGGAUACGCACCAAUCUUUUAAGAUCCCAUAAAAUAAAUCCCUCUGAUGUCAUCUGUUUGUUUGUCUGAAUCAGGAGCGAACCUCGCAGCUCCCCAGGUAGACAACAACUGCCCGCAGAACAGUGGCUCGUCUAAGUGGGUCGAGCACCAGGACCACUGCUAUGCCUUUGACAUGACCUUUUAUAACUACUCUGUGUACAGCAUGGAGGAUGCUAAGAGCAUCUGUGAAAGGCUUGGUAAGUCGCCCACUAUCUCUCCUAUUUGACACAUAUAUAUUUCUGUAUUAUAGAAGUUGUAUUGAACAUUGUAUUAUCGCAGCAUCUUGGGUUAGGUUGUUAUGGUAACAUCUUGGGUUAGGUUGUUAUGGGAAGACAAAGGUUUCCCUAUAACCAACCUGAUUAAAUAAAGUUAUUGAAUAUUUACUCUUAUUAACCGGGUAGUUUGGCUCCUGGAUGCUAAUUGGCUGAAAGCCAAGGUACUUAACCCUAAUUGCUCCACUGGCGCUGUACAAUGGCGACCCUGGCCAUGACCCCACUCCCUGCAUGUCUCAGGGGGAGUUGGGAUAUGCAGAAAAAUACAUUUCCAUUACAGAUUUGUGUGUAACAGGACAAAUAUAAACAACCCCCAAAUUAUUAUUCGAACUACGUUGCUAACCAGUUUAUAAUAGCAAUAAGGUACCUCGGGGGUUUGUGGUAAAUUGUCAAUAUACCGCGGCUAAGGGCUGUAUCCAGGUACUCCUCGUUGCGUCGUGCAUAAGAACAGCCCUUAGCUGUGGUAUAUUGGCCAUAUACCACACCUCCUCAGGCCUUAUUGCUUAAUUAGUACACCAUGAUCAGAUCAGGUGGUUUCUUACUUACAGUACAUGUGCCUCCUUUUUGCCUUUGAUUGACAGAUGCACAGCUGCUGACCAUAACGACCAAAGAGGAGAAUGACUUUGUCUCUGGCUACAUGGCAGCCAACCCUCUCAUCACCAGUAGGGUGUGGCUCGGCAUGGACUUGGACACACAAGGUAAACUGACCUGACCAGUACAAUAUGAUAGGCUUGUUACCUAUUACUGUAUAAGGAGGUUAUUAGACAUGAUAUUUAUAUUGGACAGUAUGUGCCAUCUUAGGAAGUUCCGUGCACUUCAUUUGGAAAGUCAGGCACUUUAAAAUACAUACAAAUCCUACAUGCCAAUACAUUGUAUUCAAAUAAAGUAGUUUAUUCUAACUCAACAGCAUAGAAUCAGUAAGUCCUCUUGUCUUACAGGUCAGCCAGUUGGCUGGGUGGACGGUUCCUCUCUGGCCUUCUCUAACUGGGAGACCAAUGGCUCUGCUAGUGGGGUGAAGACAGUGACCCAGCAGAACCCCUGUGCUGUCAUGGUGUCUGCAGAUGGAGGCAUCUGGAGCACAGUCAGCUGCAAGGACAGCCACAGCCGCAUCGUCUGCAAAGUACCCGCACGUGAGUACCAUAGUUCAGUGGUUCACCAGUCCAAACUCAUACAUAUUUUUUUUUACUAUGUGGAUAGCAGCAUGCGCUGGUAACAGCUCUAAGCUAUUGCAUGUAACAAGAGGUGUAUAGCUCAUAGAUUUCCCUGGCGUCGCUAUGGUUAUUACAUAUUAGUAAACAUUGUGCUUGAAACAGGGACUUUCUUGGCCCGUCUGGAGAUGUGUUUCUGACUGGCUGUGUUGUCUCCAGGGUCAGGGAACGCCCCGGUGGCUCUGGUCUUCUUCCUGGUCGUCCUCACUGCCCUCCUGGGGGCCAUCGGCUUCGUCGUCUAUAAGAAGAGCAGGGCCAGAUUCAACUCCACCGUGCGCUACAGGAGAACCAUUGAUGACGCUGACAGCACUAGUAUUAUAGAUGCAGAGUGAGACUUGUCUUGACUUCCUAGAUGCAGCUUGAAGAAGCAGUUAUGUGCCUAUUCAGUAUGGAAAUAUUAUUAUGCAGCAAACUAAAACCUGGCUGCCUUUUAAUUUCAAAAGACCACUUUAUUUAUUUGUACAAAUUCCAAAGCAGGCUUUCUAGUAUUUUCUGUGACAUUGUAAAUAUUGGCAAAAGGAUUGUGAUUUUUUUUUUUACUUAAUAAUGAUGAGUUGUUUUAAUUAACUUUGGGAUUAUUUUAAAGAGCUGGAAAAUUGAACAGUUGCUGCAGGGUUGAUGGACUUUGGGUUGACAAAAAAGGCACUGGAUAUGUGAUGCUUGUUGUCAGGAUAUUUCUUAUUUUCUCCUAAGCACUGUUUUUCUCUGUUUUCACUCUGUUUGUGAUUAUUUUCAUGGAGGAAGACAUCCUUUUCACUGAUGGUCAUUGAUGAAAUGAUUGAAAUUCUUAAAGAAACAACUGCACUUGCAUUAACAGAACUAUAAUAUUUUCAGGAUGUAUUAGCUUGGCAUAUUUUCAUAUUUCAGUUUGUAAAUCAUUUAAGGUCUAAUACAGGUACUCUAGCAAAUGCAGUCCAACACAGACUUCUUUAGACAAUUUGGAUAGUGUCACAUGCUCAUUUGCCAUUCUAACUACAUUUAAUUCAUCCCAACUGUAAAUGCAUUGAUUUGUUUGUCAUUAUGACUGUAACCUUCCUCUCCUAUGCACUCAAACUACUGAGAACAUUUGCACUUUAAAUUGAAAUGUUUUAUUGUGAAUAAUGCCUUAGCAGUUGUUUCUGCCAUGUACAAGCACAAUAGUUGUCUUGUUUGGUAGUUGACGUUUUUGGGUGUUCAUUUGGGUUUAACGUUUUCAAAGGUUGCUAUUUGCUGAGGCCUCAAACUGCACACGACUGCUGUAAAUGCUUUGUAAAUAUUUAAAUUGUAUUUUUUUAUUAUUAUGGAGAAUCUAAACCAAAGAUGCUUUUUGAAUCUUGUGAAUGUUGAUAACCUGGACAUUCCUCCAGACUUUAUUUGGAUCUGCCUAGCAACAAUGCUUGUUAACUAUGAUUACCAUUCCCAAUAUGUUCAACAGUAUCUUCAUAUUUACAGUGGUCCCAAGCAGACCAUCCACUCUACUCUGGUCUUCCAAUAAAAUAGGUCUGUCCUUAAAA